GUCGCGGUCGUCGUCGUCGUCGUCCACAGCUUGUCUACGUUUACCGUCGCGAAUUCGUUCGUGUCCGCCGCCGUUGUCAUCCGAUGGCAUUUUAAUUUUUCUUCCGGUCCGUCGUCGUCGCCGUUACCGUCCGUAAAUCGUCUCGACACGUAUUCACAGAAUCACACUAUAAAAGGUCAGUAAUCUAAUGAAAUUACAAUUUUAAAAGUUAAAAAUAUAAUUAUAAUAUAGGAGGUUAAAACACUAUCUAUACACCUACAAUGUUUAUACGGCAGAGGCUCUCGGCCAACACAUUAUUAUUCUGUUCUUGCAUUGAGAUUAUAAUAUUUGUAAAUAUGCCUACGCUACAGACACCAACGUGAAUAAAAAAUAUCGCGAGAAUUGUAAAAUAUUAACUUCCGUCACGAUACUGUUCCUAAGGAAGGACUUAAUUCUGUCUAAAUAUCUUUGAAGCUUAGCAGAAGUCGUUACUAGUAAAGUACGAAAUAAUAUUCUUAAAAGCUCAUGAAUAGUUUUUUCCCAAAAACAUUUUGUCACCAAAAUUUACAGUUUAUCCUAUAAAUGAUUAUAGUAUGCCGUUUAUUAUGUAUUAAAUUAAUAAGGUUUUCAGUACCUAGUUGACUUAACUCUCCGUAUCUUUAACUCGAUGGUGCUAGAAUAUUGGUCGUUAAUUGUACACGAAUAAAACUCAAUAAACUUUUGACUUGUCCCCGUCUUAGCUUUCCAUAUCCCAUGUAUAUUUUCUCAUAUCGACAUUGGGCAUAAUAAUACGGUGUGGUUUUAAUGAUUAUUGUUAUUGGCGUUAUUCGCCGUCAAAAAAAUCGUUACGCUAUUAACGUAGUGUAUUGUACAUGCAUUGUGUUAAUUUAUUUUUUUUACUAUCUUACUAUUAUUAGUACGAUAUGAUAUCAUUGUGAUAUUAUUGUUUUUUACGCGUAUGGUGAGUUUAUUAAAUAUUAUAUUUUAUACAAUAAUAGAUACUGGGUGGAUGGGGGCCAUACAUCUCCCGAACGAUCCCUCAUAAAACGUCACUGCUCUGAUAUUUGUAUCCUCCCCAUACAUUUCAAAAGCACACGUCAAUUCUGCUUACUGUAUUAUCAUUCACCGCGCUGUUAAGUUUUGCGAAUGAUCCGAUUUUACGUUAUUGAAUGUUUAGACUUAUACUUAUUAGCAUUCAGCAGUAUCUUAUUUUAUUUUUACAUUUUGAAUAUAGCGAGAAACGUAUUGGUUUUAACUAUGAUAUCAGUUUUUUUUUUUGUUUGUUUUUGAACGACUUUUCUAACAGUAAUCUUGAUCCGAUCGUCAAAACCUUAAGAGUAUUUACUGGUAGAAAAUAUUGUCUUUUUGGUGCAUUAUUGAUUUUAUUUGUAGUUUUUUCAGAAUAAAACUAGGAAAAAAGGUCGGAAUUAACAUUAACGAUUUCUGUUAAUUUUCUGUUUCUGUUCGAUUUUGGUUUUUGUUGAAUAUCAUUGAAAAAUAAUCGAAUAGUGACUUGAAGUUUUCAUUCAAACGGAAAAUACUUAUGUUGGCUCUUUAUAUAUUAUAUGGAACAGUUUUCAAAAUAUUCUAAAAAAAAAAAAAAAACUGUUUGAAAUUGUCGAAGUUUUAUAGUUUUCAAGCGAAUACAAAUUAUUUAGCUUAAGUUCAAUGCAUGUUAACAAUUGUAAUUUAUUCGCAAUAAAUCCAAACGAUUUAUCUAUUGUAAUUUAUUUUAAUAAAUUAAUUUGGUUUUUAAUUUAAAUGUAUUAAAUAAAUGUUUAACCGAAAAUCCUUCAGAACCGUUUUUGGUUUACAAUCAUUUAUAGCUGCAUACAUGAUAUAUUAUUUUAAACAAAUUACCCAAUAUAUCCUGUACAUUUUCUAGCUUCCCAUUUACAACAGUGGCCUGCACACGGUACGGUUUUUUUGCAAUUAUUUUACGACAAAAUAUUUCAGAUAAUAAUACAAUUCAAUGGCGAGUUUGUGAGUAAGCUAUGAGUUAGUUUUAUAAUAGGUACGUGGAUACUAUUUGUACGAACGACACGGGAUGAUUUUCUACAGGUAUCGUUUACGCUACCGCGGACGUGUAAAAUAAUUGCACCGUUCCGCGGUGUUUGUCGCACCGCAUUUUUUUUUUUUUUGCUCCACCCGAACAGAAUAUUACUCAUACUAUCAUUAUAAAUACGACACGUUUUUAUAAUAUUUUAUGUCCGUUAAUGAUUAUACGGUCAGACUGCGUAUCGCGUGUGUCUCGGUUUUUCAGCGCGAAAUCAACACUUCCCUUUCUCAUACACACACCAACUAACUGUUCGAGUUAUUAUUAAUUUUUUUUUUUUUUUUUUUACGGAUAUAUAUUAUGCAAUGUAUAUGAUUCAAGUCAUUUGUAUAUCAUAAUAAUUUCUGGGGGUACGAACAAUCGAGAUGGCCUUUAAAUAAACUGGCAUGCGUAAACAAUCUGUCCUACAUUUAUAUUAUUUUGUACCGCGAUUUUCGACAUUUUCAUAUCUCGGUAACACUUUCAUAGUUUGACAAUUUACACGCAUAAGUACGGUUUUAACGUCCUUUUUAAAACGUUGUUACGAUGUGUCUAAUGUCUAUAUUAUGUAAAUUUGUUCAGGUAGGUAACACUAAAUAUUUUGACCGAAUGACCUUAGGUUCCGGAAUUCGGAGUUGAGCCGCAAAUAGCACUUAACGAGACUGGCUCAAGCUACGAGUGCACAUCGAAAUAGGGCGCAAAAUUAAAUAAAAAAAAUAUUCGAUAUUGAUUACCAGGGAAAAAACUGCGACUGAUAUUAUAAUAUAACCAUGCCAGUUUACCGAACACCGUUCACAAUUGUUUUUUCAUUGAUUUAUCGUUUAUUUCAAUUAUAUAAACUAAAUUAUCUAAUACUCUAUACAUUGCUAACUCCCGAUCGAUAACAGCGGACUUACCAAUGAUUUGAAUAUUAUGUGCAACUUUUUAAUAUUAUCAUAUAUAAUUAAGUAGUCGUUUAUAUGAAAAAAAAAAAAACGUUUUAAUUAAUUUGAUUAAAAAAAACAAAUUUUUGACUACAUAUUUUUAUUGCACAGAAUUGAGAUUAAAAACUACUAACUCGUAUAUGCAAUAUAUAUAUAUAUAUACACUCUCUCCCACGAAAAUAUAUCCUUUGAAUAUCUUUGAAAAUAAAAAAAAAAAAUAAUUGAAUUAAAUUAUAAAUAUUUGUAGUCUUCAUCCUUGUGAAUAAUAUAUAUAAAAAAAAAUGUAUUAUCUUUAUUAUCUCCGGAGAUAUUCAAAGGGUGUAUCUUCGUGGGACAGUAAAUAUGUAUAUAUAUAUAUAUAUAUAUAUAUAUAUAUAACUCGUAUACAUGGAGUCUCAGAUCCGAUUUGAAUUCAAUUUUUAUAUUGUUUACAAGCCAUAAAUAGUAGUAGGCGUGAAUCCAAGUGGAGGGGGCAAAGGGGUUAACCCCUCCCCCCUUUGAACGUGUUUUAUAUUAUGUAAGUAUGCAAUGAAUAUUUAAUAGGUAUAUCUUUAUAUGUGUACAUUUAAAAUGCAAGUAUAAUUAUUACUGUUCGAGCAACGACUGUUGGAUAUCGAUGCCCGGUAUCAAAUCAGAUUUAAUAAUAGGUUUAAAGAUAUUAUCCCAUUAGAAGGAUUGAUCCCUGAUAACAAAAAUAAUUAUAAAACAGAAGACAUAUUAAAAGCGGCAUUAAUGUAUGAUGACGAUAUACCAGCAAAUUCUGACUUAGAAAUACAAGCUGAAUUAGAACUCUGGAAGACGAAAUGGGCCAACAUAGAAAAUCAAAAGCCCAAAAAUGCUAUUGAAACAUUGAUACAUUGUGAUUUGUUUAACACAAACAUUAAAAUUUUACUACAAAUUCGUACAAAAAUUACCAUAACAUCAGCAGCAGCUGAAAUAUCAUUUUCUUCUCUAUGAUGAUUGAAAAAUUACAUGAGAUUUUCUAUGACAGAAAACAGGCUAAAUGGAUGAGCAGUACUAUAAUAUUCAUAAAAAAUUACCCAUUGAUAUCGAUGAAGUUAUAAACAGAUUUUUUCGAUAAAAGCCUAAAAAACGAAUGAAAAUUGAAGAUUGAUCGAAAGACUAAUGAACUUAUUAUUUUUUCAUAUUUUAUCAUUUGUAAAAUAUAUUAUAACUAAUAAACACAUGUAUUUACAAAAAUUAUAUAUUUUAUCUUUCUGUAAAUACAAAUUAUCUCUCCCCCCAUUUCAUAUUUCUAUAUUCACCCCUGUAUAGUGGAUAGGUAAGUAAGUACAAACUAUUUUUUAUUAAACGUUAAAAUGACGUAUCUAAACACACAUUGUCGUACGAGACGAUAUUUUCAAUAGGUCGUUUUUCUACAAUAAAAAAGAAUAUGUUUUUCUGUUUGUAUAAUUAUGUGCGAUCUACACCCAAAUCUAUCGUACACAGAGUUCUGAACAUUUACAUACAAAAAUGGAUAUGCAUUGAGGUGUAUACAGAAUUAUGCACCUCAAUACCGGAAUUAUGAAACUACAUUCCUAAACAGCGACUAACACUAGAUUUUUGGUAUUUGUAGAACGAAAAUCCGUAUUGUUUUUGUUGGUUUAAAGUAUUAUGGGUAAAAUUAAUGACACGGAUGUAAUAUAAUAAUAAGAAAACCGAUUUAUACUAUUUUAUACGAAUGAAAUAAAAAAGAGACAGGGGUAGUACUAUAACACAUGAGGAUAUAAGUUAAAUUGAAUUUAUUUAGUUGAUUUCAGUUAUCAAAAGGAUUUUUAAAUACAUUUUUAAAAAAUUGUUAGACUUGAACAGAAAUGCCAAGAAAGACCAAGAAAAACAUAGGAAAAACCGGGAAAAACGUAGGUAAGAAAAACGGAAAAUAGGUACAAUAUUAAACAAAAUAUUAUUAAAGAAAAUAUAUAAUGCAUAUGCAAUUGUUUUGCUAUAAUAUGACUUAUAUAUGGUUGACAAAGCAACCAUAUUAAAUGAACUUCACUCAGAAACGUUAGAAAUCGUUAGUCGUUGCGUACAGAUAUAUAUAUAAUUUCCCCUCUACUUUCUCAAGAACUCACCUACAAUAGUGGUCUAUCCAUCAUGGAGAGAAUGUCUAUAUUUUUUAUUAGGUUUAUGAACCACGGCUAGCCUAUAGUUGAAUCAAUUUUUGACAUUUAAAUCCUUCUUUAAAAUGUAAAAAUAAUAACGAAAUAUACAUUAGCGGAACUUGAACUAUCUUCUGAAAUUAAUAUUAUUUACGUAUCAUGUGGUAUAAUGAAAAAAAAAUUUUAUUUGUUGGCUACAUUAUGCACAAUAAUCAGAUUUUUGUAUUCAUAAAAUCAAUACUUAAUUUUUCGGUUGUAAUUUUUUCAUAAAAAUCCAAAAUAAAUAUAUCAUUUUUAAUUAUUAUACUUUGGUUCCAUCGUCAUUUGAAUUUAAUAUUUUCUUAAUUUUUUACGAAUUUUUUACUGUCAAAUACUCGAAUAGUGGUUGUCGCCCGAAAAUACUAAAAACGCCUAUAAAUGGACAAGCUAAUUUCAAUGAUCAAUCGUUUACAAGAAGUUUUGAACACCGUCGAAUUUGAUACCUUACAUUUACCUCAAAUUGUUGUUGUAGGAUCGCAGAGUUCCGGUAAAAGCUCUAUUAUAGAAAGUAUUGUUGGUAGAUCGUUUUUACCUAAAGGCAUUGGAACCGUAACAAGACGGCCUUUAGUUCUUCAGCUAGUUAACUGCCCUCUUAACGAUAAUUUAAGCAGAAAAGCCAAAAGCGGUAUGAUGAACUUGAAAGAAUGGGGUGAGUUUUCACAUUGUGAAAAAGUUUUCACAGAUUUUAAUGAAAUACGCGAAGAAAUCCAAGUCGAAACUAAUAAAAUCAUCGGUAGGUCUGGAAUAUGCCCAGAUCCUAUUUAUUUGAAGCUAUAUUCUACCUAUAUGUUAAAUUUUUCACUUGUGGACUUGCCCGGAAUGACUAAACUUCCUAUAGGUGAUCAACCAGAAGAUAUUGAAAUGCAAAUAAAAAAUUUAAUUAUACAGUAUAUCAAAAAUCCAAACUCAAUAAUUCUAGCAAUUAGUUCCGCUAAUAUGGAUUUAUCAACAAGUGAAAGUUUGAAAUUGUCGAGAGAAGUAGAUCCUGAAGGAAAGAGAACAUUAGCCGUGAUCACAAAACUCGAUCUGAUGGAUGCUGGUACUGACGCUGUUGAUGUACUAAGCGGCCACGUGAUUCCUGUUAAACUUGGCAUAAUCGGUGUUAUAAAUCGAUCGCAACAAGAAACAAAUGAUAAUAAAUCUCUUGUCGAUGCUUUGAAAGAUGAAUCUGUUUUUUUGCAAAGAAAAUAUUCUUUAUUGGCCAAUCGAAAUGGUACUCCACAUCUGGCAAAAACAAUUAAUAGAAUCUUGAUAGACCAAAUUAGAAAUUAUUCGCCAGAAUUAAAAACCAAAAUAAAUAUUAAGAUUUCAGAGUUAAAAUCGGUUUUGAAUUCAUUUGACAACGACUUAUCACUUAAAAUCCAAACAAAAUUGCGUACUACCAUAAACUUUGUCAAUACGUAUUGUUCAACGAUAGACGGUGCAUCCGAAAAUAUCGAAACGUCUGAAGUGUGUGGUGGAGCUCGAAUAUAUUAUAUAUUCAACGAUAUAUUUGGAAAAGUAUUAGAUUCCAUUCACCCGUUCACGGGUUUAUCCAAAAUGCACGUGAUAACCGCUAUACGCAAUGUAACGGGGACAAAAUCGGAAUUAUUCGUUCCUGAAACGGCUUUUGAAAUACUAGUGAAGAGGCAAAUUGGUCGAUUUGAACAACCUUCUUUGCGAUGCGUAGAGCUUGUACAUGAGGAAAUGCUGCGUAUGAUCCACUGCUGUAUUCAAAAUUCCCAACAGGAAUUUAACAGAUUCCCGAAACUCCGCGAAAUGAUUUUGGACGUUGUCACAAAAAUGUUACGUAACUGUUUGUCAACGACAAAUAAAAUGAUUGAAAAUAUGGUAGCUAUUGAAACAGCGUAUAUCAAUACCAAGCACCCAGAUUUUAAUUGGUGUACAGAAUUUGUAUCGUUAAUGGCGAAGAACGCUGAAGAAAAUGAAUUUUCGAUAAAAUGCAAUAAUGUAAAAAAUACAACCAACGGGUGUAGUAAUACAGGUUCGAUGGAGAAAAAUCCGAUUAUGCAACAUCAAGCAGACCAAAACAAUGAAACCAAGUGCGCCACCGAGUAUUCGCCGGCCGCUAAACCAGUGCAACAAGUGAAAAACAAUAUAUUAGCAUUGGACGAAAUGGCCAAUUGUUUCAACAACAGUAUGAAUUUACACGGUUCACCGAAUAGAAAUUUAACCGAGAAAGAACAACGAAAUUGUAACAUGAUUGAAGCAUUAAUCAAAUCGUAUUUCUACAUCAUCAGAAAAUCUAUUCAAGAUAGCGUUCCAAAGAUAAUUAUGCAUUUUUUAGUCAAUUUCAUGAAGACCAACUUGCAAUCCGAACUUAUCACACAUUUAUAUCAAUAUGAACGAGCUUUAUUCGAGGAAUCUGAACAUAGAUCCAAGUGUAGAAAAGACACCGUAAACAUGCUCGAGGCUUUGCGGAAUGCCAGCCAGAUUAUUAGUGAUAUCCAAGAGGUGCAUUACACGUUUGGUGAUGAUGACGAUCGAUUAUAUAAUAUUAAAACAGUAUAAUGUACAAACGACAAUUUUCCAUUUUUAAGAAAAAUUAAAAAUUAAUUUUAUAAAUAUUCAUUGAAAAUGUCUGGUCCCUAUGAUUAUUUUUAACCAAAUUACCAUAAAAAUCGAAAUCGGAAACGCUGAAAUCGUUAAUACCGUACAUUUUCCGGUAUUUUGAAAGAUUUUCCCUAUUUUUCUCUAGUUAAAAAAAAAAAAAACAUAAAAAACUAAAAUUAACCUUCUCGAUUUACCAACUAGAUCCAAAAUGCAACAUAAAAGGUUUCUUAUCAUUUUUUAUUGGAGUGAGAUAACUGGUGGAAAGUUAUUUACAGACGGUAAAAAAAGCAAAUAAAAAAAUACGCAUAAUUACAGCAUACAGUAAAACCUAUACAUUCCUCGCUCCGCUCAAUAUUAAAACAAAUUCCCUAAUAAAUUAUGGACAUAUGUCUAGGUUAUAUGUUCUCUAUAUAGCUUCUUGUAUAUAUAUGGUAAAAUUAAAAAACUGCUGGUUAAAUUUAAAGAAACAAAUGUUUUUAAGACGUCGUACAUCCAAGUUCAACCGAGUUGAAGCGUUUUAAUUAUAUUUAUGGCUACAGUAACAACGACUAUUUCCCUAGAUAAUAUAUUACCAACAAAAAAAAAAGCUAUCAUUACUCCUUAUAAUCCGUUCUCCCCUCUUUAUUUUGGCUAUAGAUUUUGUUUAAACGUUUCAGAUAUGCGUAUUUCACCUAAAAGGUACAGCGUAAGUUUUCAGUCUGAAGUCAGUACCUACAUAAAGCGAUUUAAACUACAGAAUAAUUUAAUUAAACAGACAAACGUGAGUAAUCGAGAGAAAAAAUUUACCCGCAUAAUACAGUGAAUUCUACCUUAACGGACACCUCUAAAUAGCGGACACCUCCGAAUAGCGGACGCUUUUAUGGGAACGGGAACAUUUUCACCAUUUUUAUAUGGGAAAACCCCUAAAUACCGGACACUCUAAAUAUCGGACACUUUUUUUAUGGUAAUUUAAUUUUUGAUUUUGAUAAUUUUUAUCGUAAAUAAAGAAUAAUAUUGUAGAAUGGCUUAAGAAAUAUCUAAUCUAAUGUUACUACAAUACAUUAUUAUACUAUACACAAUUAUAGUUUAUCUUAUCCGUCCAUUAUCGCGUCGAUGAAAAUAUUUUUCUAGUUUUUCUAGUCUGUGAUGUUAUCCUACUCGUACAUGUUUAGUUGUAUUUGUGAUUUCAAUACAUACGGACGUAUUCGUAAACGUAUUGCAGUACGUAAUGGCUAGUAAACGAAAAAGAUUAAGUAUGAAAGAAAAAUUGAGAUUCUUGAAUUUCGAGUGUGUAAUACAAAUAUGGGUGUUCGUGCGUUUGCAGACAAGUUUAGUGUUAGUAAAAUACAAAUCGCGAAUAUCAUAUCUAAUAAGGUCGCACUUUACAAAACUUUACAAAAAAAUUAUAGAGAAUGAAUACAUAACACUAGACGAUCAUGUAGAGACUUACGACACCGAUAUCAACAACAGUACGAAUAUGUCCACACUAAAUGAGGGGUAGAAAGCGACGAAGAAAAAGAUGAUACCCAAGAUCAAGAAAAGGAUCUAACUCCACAAAUAGGAAGUCUACAGGAGGCACUGACAGCAGUGCAGGGUGUACGUGAAUACAUUUCUUCUAUCGAUACACAGAAUAUUUCAUUGUUCACCAACGCAGUUAAAUUACAAAAUGCCUUAAUACACGCAAUUACUAUGCAUCGAGCUAACAAAUGCAAACAAGCUAAAGUAACUGAUUUGUUCAAUAAAUGUUAAUUUUUAUACUAUAUGAUAUUUUAAAAUUAUUUUUAUUUACAUUUUCAUUAAUUUUUACAUACAUAAUAAUAUCAUAGUUUUAUAAAAUAACAUGUACAACUAAUAUUUAUUUACUAUUAAAAUAAUACAAAUAAAAAAUACAUACCCAUAUCAUUAUCAUAUAUAUGUAUUAUAUAAAUUUUGUAUAUUAUAUUAUAUAGUUAUUAUUUCUCCGAAUUAUUUUCGAAAUUUGUUUUCCCUCUGAAUAGCGGACACCUCUAAAUAACGGACGAAAUUACGGCGACCGAGAGUGUCCGGUAUUUAGAGGUUUCACUGUAUAUGAAUUUAUAAUUUAUAUAAUUUAAAAAAUAAUUUUGACUAUGUACUUACACUACAUAAGUUUAUUUUAUUUACAUUAGUAUGCAACGACAACCCGUUGCUAUCGAAAAACGAUUCUAAGCGAAAUUCGGUUUUACAUGUUUUGAAAUAUUGUAAUUUUUACGAUUUUUUUUUUCACCAUUAAUUAUAACUUAUAAAAAACCUUUUGUUAAGUUUCUAUAAAUAGUUUAAAAAAUAGCCCUAAUGUUUCGAAAUAUUAACACNUACACUACAUAAGUUUAUUUUAUUUACAUUAGUAUGCAACGACAACCCGUUGCUAUCGAAAAACGAUUCUAAGCGAAAUUCGGUUUUAAAUGUUUUGAAAUAUUGUAAUUUUUACGAUUUUUUUUUUCACCAUUUUUUAUAACUUAUAAAAACCUUUUGUUAAGUUUCUAUAAAUAGUUUAAAAAAUAGCCCUAAUGUUUCGAAAUAUUACCACUUCUAUAAAAACCUUUAAAGUUUUCUAUCCAAAUUUCAAGACUCUACAAAUAUUUUUUACUGAAUUUCAACAAAAAAACCAAUAUUGCAUUAACUAGAUCUAAAAUACAUCAGAAAAAGACUCUUGUAACUAUCACAACAGUUGGUAGUAAAUUUUACUGAUAAAACAUAUACUAUCUUUUUUUUUUACAUUCAACAAUUCACAUUUCCACAAACAUUUCCGAAACAAUACAUUCAAUUUACCAUCAAUUUUUUUUAUACAAUUUUUCACUAAAACCUAUAUUAAUGUAUGUACGCCGCUUCAGUGAUAGUUAUAAGUCACAACGUUAAGUAUCACUUACUAUCGUCACAUGAAUCUGGCUUUAGUUUAAUAUGUUUGAAAUUAUUUGUUUGAAUAGAAAAACCGGCUUAUAGUAAAGUUCUGAUGCAUACUUUUGGGGAGAAAUAUAUAAAUAUUUCACAGAUUGUGACGAUAAAGAAGAUUUAUCAUAAUAUGAUGACGUCAAGACACGUCUUUAUUGUCCUGCAAAAAUGGUAACGUCGAUAUUCUAUAAAAGGCGGGUUUCUGUUCUUUUUUUAUUGUAAUAAUAUAGUGUAUUGUAAAUCGAUGUGUUUUGUUCGUAAGCUACAAAAAAGUCUAAACACGUUUAUAUUAUUUGCUACUAGCCAUUUAGAAAAAAAUAAAUAAUUUGGCGAAAUCACAGAAAUAAUAUUUCGUUUUGAUAAAAAUUGACCAGGCAAAAAAACAAUUAUCUAUAAUAAAAAAAAAAAAAUUCUUCGUCGUUAUACGAUCAAAAUAUAAUAUCGAAAAAUAUUAGAUGAUACUGCUGAUGAUUGAGCCACUGUUUUUGGUGAGAAAUUGAAAAGGCAAUAUGUAUAAAGCAAUUCAAUUUAUACUUGUUAGUAACGAUAAACAAUUAGGAAUUCAAUUCGCUUAUACAUUAUUUAAAUGACCGUAAUAAUUACGAUUUUAAUCAAAAUUAGAUAUCAAUAACAUUAAAAAAAAAUUUAAUUAACCACGAAGUACAACUUAGUAAUAAUCUUUUGUUAAAUUACCAAAACAUUACUAAUUGGUCAAAUAGUUAUUUCCACAUUAGUGGAAACAGUAUUUACCAAAAAAAAAUUACUACAUCUAGAAAAAGCAAAUAUGAAUUUUUAAAAAAAUUCUAAGAAGUCUCUACAAAUAAUUUUUUUAAAAAAAAUACAAAAACAUCACAGUAAAACCAAUAAAUCCUUCGUUCUUUCUAAAUCUGAAAUAAAUUCAAAUCUUAUUAUAAUACAUAUUAUAGAACACCGAGUUUGUCAUACAAAAAGUUAAUGAUUAAUAUUUAAUGAACGUAUUAUUCCGUCUUGUUGAAUAAUGUUGGUUAUGUUUAUUUUAGAAUUGCCGCUUAUAAAACGGAUAACACAAAGAAGAAUUAAUUCAAUAGUAUCAAAAAAUUAAUGUUCGGAAUAUUAAUAAACUAUAAAUUAACAGUCGGUCAAUGUUGUUUCAUUUAAAAAUAUAAAUUAUACUUGGUACAUUAAAUGCUUAAAAAUGGUUUAAUAAUAAUAUUUUUCGAACGCACAUCAUUUUCUCCAUAAUUUUCUUAAAACGCCCCAAGCAACUCCUACAUAGAAGUUGACUAAUAAACUUACUAUUCAGCUCAUUAUUCUUAAAAUUACUUUCGUCUCUCCGUUUUCUUUUUUAAUAUGACUGCUAAUAAUGUAAUACAACUGUCGAGGAAAAAAAAUGUUAUUAAUUUAUUAACUUUUUUUUUACCAUAGGGUGACCAUAAUAGUGUUAGUGUAACAUUAUCGUGACAGGUAAUAUUAUUAUAAUUUAUUCUAUGCUAUGUAUGUCUAAUUUAAAAAGUAAAUAACAUUAGUUUCAGUGCUAGGUACUAUUAUACGUCAUUAUAAAUAAAAUUCAAAUUAAUUAAAACGUGCGACAGAAACGACUAGUAACACGCGUCGAGUGAGCAACCGGUAGGUUUCACACUGUCGUUUACGUGAUUAUCAUAAAAGAAAAUCCAUACAAAAACAAAAAUCCGAAAUAUUUAUCUCACAAGCCAUUUUAAAUAAACGCAGCGGGCGUGGAGUUUAGGGGGGGCUCUACGGACCAUGACCCCCUCUUAGACAUCAAACUACCAAUAAAUAAUAAUUUCUUUCAGAAAUCUGUAUAGAAUUUCAGAGUGUUAAUCAAUUAUAAUCACGGCCUCUGUAGAUACUUGUGCUAUCGCAUUAAGCGGCCAGUGGUCACAUUGACUGACUGACGACUGGUCAUAUUAGUUAAAAGUAUAAUUGUUGGACCAAAAGGUAAUUGCCUUCCCCACACUGUACAUUCGACAUUUCUUCGUUUAAAAAUGUUUUGAAAUUAAAAAUUUGACGUGUAAAUCGAAUAAAAAAUAAAAAUAUUCUGAAUAUCUAACAACAAUUUCUAGUUUUAAUUUUGUUAAUAUUGCGGUGCGAUUAUGUUAAUAUACUCAAUAGCGCACACAUGAGUUUUAUAUCGAUUUUAUAAUAAUGCCACUAGCCAUUAGUUUAUAUUAGGUAUUUAAAAUAUCCAACUAUUAAAAUUAGACGGCUUAUAGGUAUUACAUUUUCAAUUAACUGAACGAAUAGUAUCCCGUAUCUUUACGGCCGCCGUGACAACAUUUUAUGGCGUGCAAUUUAUAGUUAAAUGCAAUUUCGACCAUACAAGAGGGAUUUUUUUUUUUUUAUUACGGUAUUUUCUCGAAAAUUUGAUUUCUUUUUUAGAUUCUGAGCAAAGCAAGGAAUGUAUAUGUCUUGUUAUGAUGUAUUUUUUUUUAUGUGCCUAUUAACAACUUUUCUACCACAACAAUCUUACUCCAAUCAAAAUCUGAAUACGGACUUUCUUAUAGAAUUUUUCAUUUAGUUUGUGCAUUAGGGUUAUUUUUUGAUUUUCUUCGUAGUUUUUUUAAAAAGGGAAAUCGUUGAUAUUGAGCUUAAACGAAUGGGAGGGAAGGAGAUGAUGGCCUACGCGUAAUCGAUUAAAUUUGAUAAUUUGAGAUCUUUAUAUGUUAAGAUCGUUGAACCAAAUAUUAUUUAAAAUGACAUGAAAACCUAACCUAUUAGGUAUCUAUAGUAUGAAUUUGGAAAAGAUUUUCUGAUUUCAUAUUAUUUUCUCUCAUACAAACGACGCAUCAGUGAAGUUGAAAAUUACUUUGCUCAUUUGCUUCGAUAGGUUUGUUUACAUACACUACACAGAGGUUUAUGCAUUUUGAAUGGAGCGUAUACACCCCGUUUACAUUCCUAUUAUAUUUGUUACCAUUGUAUUAUACGUAGUUUGUAUAUAUUGUUAUUGUUAUGAUAUUAAAUUUCCCUGUACUUCAGAAAUCCAAACAAAUCUAAUAUUCCAUGAGAAACGUGAAAAAAACAUGAACGAAUUUAUAAUACAACGGUGAGUGUAUGCAUAGUAUGUUCUUUUGAAUUGAGAUGUUUAUAGGAUCGUGUCUAUCGCGUACCUAUACUUGCAUUCAUUUUUCAAAUAUAUACCUUCUAAAAACGUUGGAAUAACAAAUUAUAUACAAAUAUACCGGAAUUUGAAUAACCACAAAAACUGUAGCAGUAGUUGCCGAAAAAAAAAAUAAAUCUUAAGUGUAAUAUUAUAUUAUUAUUAUUAUGCGAUUUAAGAAAAUAAAUAUUUCCCACGAGUUUGAACGGAAAAUAUAAAAUAAACAUUCGUUUCUAAACAAUGCAUAUUUUAAGAUUCCAUGUAGUCAAGGAAAAGCUAUUACGAAUGUUUUUUCCCCUCUAAAAGCAAUUUACCGGUUACAAUAAAAAUUUUCCUAUUUGUUUCAUGUCUUAUCAUAAUCAUAAGGAAUUUUCAAUUGAGGUUGUUAUCACUUUACUUGAAACAUUUUUGUGUUUUUUAAAUUUUCAAUAGUUUAUCUCGUAGUUCCUUUUGUUUUUUCUACUCGGAAAAUAUAUCUUACAAAUGUCACUAUGUUUAGAAUAAACCGAUAUACAUUUUUUGUCAAAAUUACAUAUAUCUACUAAUAUUGAUAACUUAAUUCCAAAAAAAAAAAAACAUUUAAAGUAAUUAUAAUAGUUAUUCCCGUAAACUUUCCCGUUCUUUCUAAAUUUAUUCGAGGUUUUGCUCAAUUAUCAAUAAAACUACACUAAAAUUCAAUGAUUUUUUUUCAUCUACCAACUGAACCCAAAUUUUAAUAAAAAAAAGAUCUCGUUUUUCAAUUAGAGCAAUAUUUUUGGUUAAAAAUAUGAACCGUAAAAUUUUAAAAUUACAAUAUAUUUAUGCUAUUUAUUUGUCCGUAUUUAUUUUACGUCUUGGUUUUUCUUAAUUAUUGGGAAAACUUCUUAGAAAAUAUGACUUUCAUAUUCACCAAAUAAAUAUCAAAUGCAACAAAAAAGGUCUUUUGUCCUGUUGUUCACAGGUACAACAAAUAAUAAUAAUAAAAAAAAAUCCCACUGUAUAUUUUGUAAUGUAGUGAAGAAGAAUAGUUCUACUCAUAUAUUAUGUAUGUUUUUUGAGAAGAUUUUUUUUUAUGGGUAACACUUUCGAUUAGUAAAAAUAUUCCAGAUUGUUUUCAUCUUAAAUUACAAUAGGCGGGUAUUUCUAAAAAAAAAAAAAUAAAAUAAAAAUGACGAUGUGGUGUGGUUUAGUUAGGUUGAAUUUUGGUUUAUUCUACCGAGGAAAAAACACGAUCAGUUUCUUUUAUCAGUUUACCGAAUCACUCUCAGAAUCGUUUUUUGAUUCCAAUCUUUUCUUUUAGAAUAUUAUAAAAUAAAUUUUCUUCCUCAACUAGAAUACCUUCAAAAUCUCCCAUUCAUAACUGUGGCAUACCUAUGGUGCUAAGUAUCGGUGUAGGUAAGAGGGUGAGGGACGUUAAAAACCUUGAAUUACCAAAAUCCCAAUUAGUAAAUAAAUAGGUUAUAAUAAAAAUACAAACGAUCUUAACAGCUUUUUUUUCCUUUUUUUUUUUUUUAUUUCAGCCUAUUAUAUAUAACUGAAAGUUAACCCCCUUCCCCAUAAAUAAUCUACACCUACGCGCCAGGUGCUAGGUAUGUUCGGAUUUUUAAAAUUUAAAUCGAUUAACCGUCAAUUUCUCCGGAAAAAAAAACUGUCAUACACACAUUACACUUUCGGGAUCUGAAGUUCGGAGAAUAUUAUUACAAUAUAUUGUAUUAUAUAUUUUAUUGAAUACUUCUUAUUCGACCGAAAUGCCGGUGAAAUCGAUUAUUAUUAUAAUGGUGUAGCCAUGAUGAUAGUAGAAUUGAACGUCGCCGUGGUCGUCGAAAUAAAAAUAUUUAUUUUUUGAAUUUUAUUAAAAAAUUUUCCAGAAUGUUUUCGUUUUAUAGAAAAAUAACAAACGCCAAAGUUUCUGAAAACACGAACAAAAUAUUAUGCUCGAUAUUUCGUCCUCGCAAAUAAAAUAGUGACGAUGAUGUACCUAAACAAAAUGACGGAAAAUGACUAUAGGAUUUCCGACACGAAUAUUAUUAAAAACGCGUUUUUACGGUGUACCUAUCAAUAAUAAUAGUAUCACCAGUUUAUCGUUAAUCUGCCGCCAACGGACAAAAAUACAUUUUACAUCUUUUUAUACAGAAUGUCCUACAGUGUUAUUCAAAUGUUCAGAAAACUCUAUUGAUAUUAAUUUUGUGUCAGUAGGGUUUUGUGUCAGGGGAUACAAAUGCGGAGAAAAAUUAAAUUUUUAUUUUCAUCCCUUGAUCACUGAAAAAAAUGAUUUUAAUUUUCAUUUUUUAAGAUUUUUAAAUGUAGCUGUUUUGGAAAAUAUUAAUAAAUUUUAUUAACAAAAAAACUAAAAAUUUUAACAAAUAAAACAUUCAUAUCCGAUGAAUAGUUUCUCAGUGGGUAAUAACCGUUUUAAUUUCUAAUGAAAAUCCGCUUACUGUAAACAUUUUUAUUUUUUGACAGUUUCAUUACUUUUUAUAUAACAACUAUGAUUCGCUACCGCGUAACGUGGUAAUCUCGUUUUUUACGCGUUUCUCUGGAUACUAAAAUAACUAGAUAUUAUUAAAAAAAAAAAACAAUUGAUCGGAUAUGAAUGUAAGGUAUACUAAAAUGUUAAAAACAAUAUACUUUACAAAUCGGCUAUUUUUUUUUUAAUUUUUAAAAAGUGAAAAAAGUUAUUUUUUUCAGUGAUUAAGGGAUGGAAAUAAAAAAAUUCAAUUUUACUCUACAUUUGUGUCCCUUUAAUACAAAACCCAAUUAACAAAAAAAAAAAAUUACAAGAGUUGUUGUUGGUUUGCCCAAAUAUCCCGCCUGACGUCUCCCAAGCACUUCUGAGUAAUUUCUCCCAGUUUAACACAGCUAUAUCUAUUGUCUGAAACUACUCAAUUUUCCCCCAACAAUUCUAGUUCUUAUUGUUUUUUUGUAAAUGAUAGUCAACGUUUAGAUCGAAUACAUCACAGAAAAUGGUAAAUUUAUGUUUUUAAAAGCGCUACAAUAGGUAGUGCUUCGAAAUAGGCGGCUAUAGAUUUGGAAUUUGAAAACCACGAUUUUCAAAUUAAGACAGUAAAAAAUCGUAUUCCAAAAUUCUAUGGUUGAAUUUUUUACUUCAUAGGUUUGUCGGGUCUAUAUUAUCGCAGUCCAAUUUUUUUCCGGUGUAGAUUUUUACGGAUUUCAAAUUUUGAAAUUUUAGUUAGUUUCUACUUUCAGAUAUUUAGACUCCGGGUACCUAAGCACUCCCCUAGGAAAUACUACUAUAUCACGGUAAACAAGUUAGGAACACGAAUACUUCAGUUUUACUCGUCAAGGCCAUCGAUCCGUCGUCAUUAUAAUUCAUUACCUUGCGAUAUUUUAUUUUGAAGAGAAAAAAACAGUUGAAUUACUGCAAAAUAGUUGUAGUUAUAGCACGUCAUACGUGUGAUAUAAAAUAUUAUAAUUUAAGACGAUCACCGGGGUAUUUUUUUUUUUUUUUUGCCCCAUAUUACGUCGGGAAAACAUACUAAUAUUGUUAUUAUACGCGCUUAUUCAUAAAAAUCGAACAAGUACCUUUACUACACAAUCGAAUUAAAUUAUUAUAUUUCAAUGCUAUGAUUAUUAAGUAAAUAUCUAAUACCUAUAUAUUGUAAUAUUGUGAGUCUACAAGCUAAUAACAUCAAUUAUUAUUAUUAUUAUAUGGCAUUAUACGUUUAUAGAAUGCCGGGUAACCAUGUGAAUUUCCACGUAGGUAUACGUAUACUACAACAGUCGGAUAAAUGUGCAAUCAUCGUAAAAAAAAGAAAAAAAAAGAGUCGGUCGUAUAAUAUAGGGUAAUUUAAUUUAUGAUGAUAUUAUGCUGUAUGCAACGUUAAAUUAUUGCAAAAGAAAAACGAAAAGCUCAAUGUAGUUCAGUUAAACAUUUAUCGAUAAUAUCAAAUAAUUGCAAAUUGUAUUAAUAAUAUAUCAUUACAGAAUAAAUUUCAUUAUUCUUGGUGUUUUUUUCGCUGUUCUAACUUAAUUUAUAAAAAAAAUAAAUAUCGAUUUAACGCUCAAAUUGUUAUGUUUAACCGCCAUGUACAGCCUGAAACAAACUGGUACAAUGUAUUAUGUGGUCAUGGAUAUUAUUACCCGAAACCCUGUACGAUCCGAACGCGAAUACAAUUUGUUGAAUCACCGUAGUAUUAAAAACAUUGUUGAAAAUAAAUUAUAAGUAUUCGUUCAAAACGUUUUUGUAUAUUGUUCACUGUGAGUUUAGAUCCCGCACAUGUCAUUUUCAUCGGAAUGUUAUUUCAAUGUGUAUACAUAAUCUUUAUUAUUCUAUUCACGUUCAAAAAGCAAAAUAUUAGGUUUCGCUCGAGAUUAAAUAAUUCUGCUAUAGCAUGUCGGUUUUGACAAAAAGUCAAAUUAGCGAUACAUACGAAAUCGUGGUGAAAUAUACAUCACGUAGCACCUACGACGAUAGUGUAAUUUUUAUUCACCAGAAAAAUGAAAAUCGAGUACACGGAGUUUGAUGUCUCACAAUUAUUGCAAGUUGAACUCUUCAUUGGCGAACAAUGUUAAUCGACGGCGCCACUGAUGGACAUCAAUAAAAGCCUAAAAUACCGAACUGUUUUUUCUAAACCGUGUGUUUCUCACUCUCGAUUGAAAAUCGGCAGCUUUCGGCUGAAAAUCGACAGCUUUCGGAUAGCUAAACAAAUUCGCUUAACAUUAAAAGGCUCCGAGAUCUGUGUACGUGAGCUCUCGUUAAUGGUUAACAAAAUGUACGAAAUCAAAAGUUAGAGAUAUGAAGAAUUAUAAGUUGUGUAGGAUAUUUUUGUUUAUAUUCAAAUAAAAUGUCUAUUGUAUUACGUAUAUGGCCUCGUAAAAGUGAUAUUUUAUUUAAACGAUCGCAUUAUGACAAAUGCCGCAUUAUUCCGAAAAUCAACAAUCGUCUCUUAACAUUUUUUUGAUUGGGUCAAGAUAAGAUGUCGGCGGCAUAAACGAACCAAACAGAAAAUAAAAUUUGAAACGUAGAUAUUUUUUAACACAUAGGUAUUUUGUAAAUUCCAUUUUGUUUUGUUUAGACAGUAUUACAAAUGCCCGCUAUUAUGCUAAUUUUCAAUUUUUCUAAAUGUUAUAUAGGUAGGCACCCGCGUAUUGAUUCUAUCCACGUCCAUAACCGUUGUACAUAAGAGAUAAUACACGCAUCUAUGAUGUUUUUCCAUAUAGGUAACUACUAUACGAAAAAAGUGUAAUUUACCUUGUGAAUAUGUCGACAUUCAAGAUAAGUGGGAUAUUAUAUGAAAUUUAUAUAGUGGCUAUCAUAGUAUAGCGGCGUUAUGGUUUUUAAUUAUUGUAGAUACUGCGAAAUGGUAAUUUUUAAUGUGAUAAUUUGCCUUGUUUUUUACACAACACCGAGGCUACAGGAAUUAUCGAUCACGGUGGUCUAGGAUUUAUUUUAUCCAUCAUGUUUCUUUGUUUUCACAAAAUAUCUGAGAAAAAUAUUUGUUGUUGAAUAUUUUGCCGAGCACUUGCCCAUAAUAAAUACAUGUUUUUAUCAAUUUCUCAUGCAGAAAAAUAUAUGAAUAUAUAAAAUAAAACGCCACUUUACAUAUUAUUAUUUGAAUUUCCGUUUGUCUGUGAAAUUCCAUACAUCAAACAAACUGCACCUGAAUGCCUAUACCGCACCAAAAUUCAAAUAACUACUGUACAAACAAACUUUUUCCUUGCGUUUAUUUUUUAGAGCGUUUACACAACUACGAAGAAGAACCUAUUAUCACAUCAUCAAUUAUGUUUUGAAAAAAUACAUAAACAUUUAUUAUUAUUAUUAUUGUUAUUAUGCGAUUAACACGAUAUAAAAUAAAAUAUAUUAGUAUACAACAAGAAAGAAAAAAGGCGCUACACUUGGAAAUCCGAGUAAGUUUUCAGGUAGAAAGUUAAUAACAAAUAAAAAAUACAUCUUUGUAAAACCAUAAUAUUCUUCAUGCCAAUCAGAAUCUAAAAUUACAGGACCCAAAUAAUUAAUUCAUUUUUUUACAAAAACUUGUACUUGAUAAUUUUAUUGUUGCGUAAUUGUUUUCCCCUUGUGCAAUUAUCAUAAUGUUUGUAAAAGAAAAAUGUACAUAUUUUUUUUUCAUUUUUCACAUUAUACAAAAAUUAAGAGUGGCAUAGUAAACCCAUCAGCUGAAAAAAGAGUCAAGGUCAGAUUCAAGGCGGAAACCGGUAAUCGGGUAGAACAUUUAUCUUGAAGAAUAUGCGUAUAUUUUGGUGGCAAAUAAGAAGUCUUUGACUGAAGAUGACAGUCGUUUUUUGUUUUUUAAUGAGGAUAAAAAGGAGCUGGCUAAAAUACCCAUCCCAGGAAACGCUUGCAGAGGAUAUGUAUGAUCAAGGGUGGUCAAAUAGGGUAGAUAAUAGGGACGUAACCUUUCUAUUCAGUUAUUUUUCUUAAAUAUUUAUAAUAAUAUACAGAGAGGUGUUUUAAGCAUACUCAGUGCUCACACAGUUUUCAUGGUUAAAUUAUACAUUAAUUCAAAUUUUGUUUUUUAGAAUUUUUAAAUAUAUUCAAAGAAUCUAUUUUUGAAUACUUAGAUUCUUUUCAAAAUUUAAGGAGUAUCCUAUAACAAUAUCAACUUUGGUUUUUCUAAUAAGCACUUACAUGUUUUAAUAUGAAUUAUUGUCAAUCAGAUGUUUUGUUUGAAAAUGUUGACGUAUUUUAAUCAAAAUUUAAUACGAAUAAUGGUUCGAGCAUAUUAACUUAUAAUAAAAUAUAAGCAUUUGUAUGCGUAACAGAUUAUUUUAAAAUCAUAAAUACAACGUGCGUCUGUAUACGCAUAUAUAUAUCUACGCAUAUUAUGUCUAUAAGACAUAAACGUGCGGUUUUUACCCACUAUAAGUGCGUUAAUUGGCUAAAUAAUAUACCUAUCUGGCAACCGAUAGUAUACGGUUUUUGUCUAUCGGCUUUUUUUGGAGUUGAAAUCAUAUUUGCGCGGUUUUUGGACGCAACUGGUAUGAUAAAUAUAAUAGAUCGAAAAAUACACCAUUGUUGGAGUCUUAGAGAAUCUUAGAGAGUCUUAGAGAGGAGUCUCCUCGAGAAUAGAGGACGUUAAUUAUGUAGGACUUUGGCUUAGAUGUAAAGGGGUUAAGCUUAAGAGGUUUACGGUACCGUCAUUUCCUUUUGUACCAUUAAACAAUUAUCAAUAUACCAAAAACUACACGAAUACUUGUGGUUGCACAAAAGUAGGUAAUAUUUUAUGUAAACCGCAUUCAAAAAUAGACGCAAAACAAUAUCGCAACGAUUAUUAUAAUGUCGUUAUUUGUCAAAUUUAGAUAAUAUUAUAAUACAAUACGGCGACGACGUGUCACGGAAACAAUUUAUUGGGAGUUUUUUUUUUUACCAUAAUCAAAUUAUAGUAAUAUUGCAUUGUUUUUUGUGUUUGAUUUUAUUAUUAUUAAAAUUAUUAGGUACAGCAUAUUGUUUGCAUAGUGGCAUAUUGACAUAAAUAAAAUUAAAAAAUUAUAGGUGUGUCACAAUUCAUCCAACGAAACAUAAUAAAAUAUUAUGACGUAGGUAACAAUUACUAUCGAUUAAUACAUAUAUCGACAAUUUUGAUAUUUGUUGUCUGGAUUAAAAAACAAAUUAAACGAUAAUACGCCAAAGGGUGAUUUUUUUUUUAUAGCGAAUAAACCACCCUUUUGACCCGUGGUUAACAAUAAACUUUUUUUCCUGCACUACGACGCCCUAACUCAAAUAAUAAAUGGCAAUAUACUUGAAAAGUGAAAAACACUAAAACGGUCGAUAUUGUACAAUAAAGGUAAAUUUGGAACAUUUAUAAGCUUUGUAUUUAUAGAAUUUUUUUUUUUUUUUUUAGAUUAUUGCAUAACAAUAAUAUUAUAAUCACGUAAAUUUUUCAGAAUUUCGAAACAUUAUUUCACUCUAUUUUGAUGUAUUUUUUAUUAAAUUUUGUAAUUCAUUUAAUCAGUAUAUUUCAAGUGCAUUUUGAGCGGGUGUUUUGGAUUUCAAAUUUUUUUUUAACUGUUUUCAUCGCGCUACUAAAUACUAAUUACCUACCAACAAAACAACCUUAAAUUUUUGAUAACCUAUACCUAUAAUACAAAUCAAUACAGAUCGAUAUGCAUUGCUGCGAUGUAAAUAUGACACCGGUUGAGAAACAUGGUGGGUUUUGACUGUUGUUUCAAAAUAAUAUUCAAAUGGCUGAACCCCAUCACCACUAUAGUCCUCGUCAACCGUCCUAUCGGUACCUAAGCGGUGUUAAGCCACAAGAUUCGUUAAAUUACAAUGUCGCUUUUGAAUUUAACAACUUAGGUAGAUGCACCCUUUUCCCAAAAAGAGCCGUCGUGAACGGCUCGUUCACGACGGCGAUAAUAUUAAUCCCGGAGAAAUCGACCCCUAAUUGCCCGUCAGUUUCACACUAUCACUCAGGAAUAUGAUCAGGAUGACGACGAAUAUGAUCGGACGACCCUAUAAAUACCAUCCCUCACCUCACUCACUUACCUAAAAUGUACGUGAUAUUAUUGAAAUGUUCGGUGUUUUUUUACUAUAACGCGUACAGCGUUCUAUUUUCAUAAAGAACGUUUCUCUCUCUCCUGUAAAAAUUUAGUAUGUUAUUUAUACAAAUUUGAAUAUAUACUUUCAUUUUAUCGUAUUGUUUUGACAAAUAUGUAUGUCUUUUAUGUCCGCACGAUUCCUUGUUUUCGAUUAUUCAAAAUACUUCGUCAUUCAAAGCCUUCGAGGUUUAUUAACCGAAGUGCUAGGCCAAUUGGUUGACGGACGCCUCUACUUUUACCCCUUAAAUUCCCCACUGAAUUCAUUCCAACCGUAAAAAGAUUAGGAUUUUCCAAUUCGUCUACUAGAUUUUUAAAGUGCUACAGUUCGAAGAAAGAAAAAAAGAAAGAAAAUCAAUCGUAACAAAAUUUAUUAAAAAACGGAUCUUAGGGUCGAAACUCACGUAUUUGAAACUUCAAUUUCUACAGCAAAUAAAAAUCUAGAAAGCGACUAUAAAUUACUAACUUUUGAUGGUAGUUUUGGAUAUUUCAUAAUCUAAAUUUCCUUAGAAAAAUGCAAUUUAGAUUUUUCCAUUGUACAGUCAAUACUUUUCCGCUUUUUGUUAUUUUAAAAAUGCGAUUUUCGGAAAAUGUGAGUUUUGCUUUUCACUUGCUUUCGUUUAAUAAUGAAACACACCAGAUUUGGAAAAUAACUCUUUAGCACGUGCUUUGAGUGUAGCGAGGAAUUUACUUCUAUUGGUUUUAAUAUGAUAUGUGUUUUUCUUUUCGAUUUCUGUAAACAACUUUUUAACCAAUUUUCCGAUUUUAAAUUGAAGCACCUUUUCUGAAAAGCAUACAGAUAUGAAUUGUAUUACACCAAACAUCUUAUAUUCUCAUAUUUUAAAAUUUUAAUUUCGAUAAAGCUUUAUUUUUUUUUUUUUUAUACAUUUGUUUUGCUAUUUUUCACCUUGUCAACUUUACUACAUUUAUGACUUACCCAAGAUUCGAAUUAUCAACCCGUCUGGCUAUUUUAAUGUGCAUUUAAAAUAACAUCGAUAUAAUACUAUAAUAUUGUAACGUCUUUUUAAAAAAACGUCCGUUUCGUGCACAUUCGAAAUUAUUCACAAUUCCCAUAGACGUAUAAAUAUUUCGCUUACAGCACACUUGAUUUAACUGGUGCAUAACCAUUGAAAUACGAUUAAUAAUAAAAGUAUGAUAUUAUUUCGUUUCGAAAAUGUUGAUGGAGACGUAUAGCUACAACAUUGCAAUAACGGGCAAGCAGUUUGUCAAUUAAAACUAUAAUUAAACUUUUAGCCCGGUGACAUACCUAUGUUAUACCAAUUGGUUACAUUCGUCCAACGAGUAGGUUUGCAUUCGAUAAACAUUAAACAAUAAUCGCAAAUAACAAAUUAUAUAUAUAUAUGCAUUAUAUUUUAUUUGUAUAUCGAUGAUACCAAGUUAGUCGACUGUAUUUUCCAAAAUAUUUUGAAACAUUAAUGAAUACAUGAAUCGGGUUCGUGACUUCGUUUCUCCAAUAGAACGAAUGAAUAUUAAUAAUCUGCAUCAGCUCAACAAUGCUGCAACAAUUUGCUGUGUGGGGUAUGCAUUUCGCACAGGAUACCAGCACUAAGGUACCUCAAAAACUAAAUGCUUCAAUUCAAAAUUGUCUUUUAAAUAUGUAGUAACUUCCUUAUAAUAUAACGUAUACCAACAUAAAAUUAAAACCGUUCACUAUUCCGCGCUUUCUAUUUUUUCUUCGUUCUUAAAAUUGUAUUAACAACGCGACGCAUAAGUAUGUAAUGAUUUGAUAUGCACUUUUAAUGAGCUAUUGUGAGCGAUAUUAUCAUUUAUUUUUUAUUUUAUUAACUAUUAACAACAUAAUAUAUAUAUAUUAAUGUUACAAUAGAAAACCGUCAGAGAACGCGUUCAGUGAGAAAAUAUGAAUCGUUAAGAAUAAAUAAAUAGAAAACAAAUAUAUAUUACUAUAGUAUAUCGCUAUAGUUUAUUGAUUUUCGUAUUUUUCACAAUGUCCAUAUUAAAUAUACUGUUAAAAGAAUUUGUUUUUUUUUUUUUUUUAAUAGCAACGCGAAUGGCACCGACUACUUUUUAUGUGGGAUGAUGGAGUAAUGAGAAUGAAACAUAUAAUAUAUUAUUAUUAUUAUAUAAAACUCGCGGAUACACAUAAUAUUUUAUUAUUUCUAUCUUGACGUUAUAACGUUUAAUAUUUAUUAAAUAGUCGAACGACUGACUGUUAGGCCUUAAGUCCACGGGAAUAAAAAUAUUUGAUUAUUUGAUUAUUCCUGGGUGAAAAAUUGUACAUCGCCGGAAUCAAUUAAAAAAAAUUACAGAAAAUAAGUGAUACAAAUAGAGUACAAGUAGAAUAGAAGUUGGGCAAGUAGAAUGCAUAAAGUGAUAAUAAUAUUGUAGCUAGGUAUACGGAAUUUAAUAAUAUAAUUUCUGAAUAGAUCAAAAAUGUAAUAUAAUGCAGGUUAUGUGACCUCGGAAUUUUUAUGCCUUGACAUUUGUGGACGGAGAUUUUUAUUAGUGUAGAGUUUCUAUUCUGUACAGUUUCCGAUUUCGAAUAGUGUACAUUUCAAUAAUCUAAUUUCGGGGUACGACGGGAUAGACAGUAUAAAUGAACAAUAAAGGUUUUGAGAAUAACAAAAAUAAUAAAAUAAUAAUAAUAAUAAUGUAUCUAUAACGCAUAGCCAUCAAUAAACAAAUUUAAAAAAAAAACGGAAUUCCUUAUUCUCCGGAGUUGUUAGCCGUUUUAAUAAUUUUUUUUUCGAUUCUGAGCGUAGUAUAGGGAAGUAUACGCAUCGGUUUUAAGACAAGACGUGUUCUCAUUGUUUGUAUGACCAGACAAAAGAGUAAGAAAGUUUUUUUUUUUUCGUUGCAGUUUUCAUAAUAAUUGAUCAAAUUUUUCUAGAAGUGGUCAAAUUUUUAAAAUAUUUCAAAGUUUUUUUUUACAUUGGUUUUUUUUUAUUCGGAAUGUCGAUAAAAUUGUUUGACCAAAAUGAAAUGUAUGGAAAUUUAACGCGAUGUUCAAUGAUAAUUGUACUUAGUCGUAAAAGAAAAUUGAACGCAAUGUAUUUUUUUUUUGUAAUCAAAAAUUUUGAUGAAAGUCGUAUAUAUUACGCCAUUUAAAAACAUAUAUAAACGUACUUCGCUCAGAAUUUCUUUUCUUUAUAAAUGUUUUAUCGUUACUUAAAUAUAUAAUAAUAUAUAUAUUUUCAAUCGAUUGAGAAAUUAUUCAUCUCAAAAUAAAUUAGAACCUUUUUUAAUAAUAAUUUUUAUAGUACUUGUCUAAAAUAAAAUUAUAACUCUGUUAAAAUUAUAAUUACAUAAUAUAAUCAUUAUUAUGAAUUAAUAAUUUUAAACAUUGUAUUGUAUUGUAAACUACAAUCCACUCUUGAAAAUAUGGUCAUCUGGUCUAAUAUUUUGGACCUUCAGUUGAGUAUUUCCAAGUGUGUAACUAUGACCUCUACGCGUUGUCUAAAACCUAUCAAUCAACUUUAGCUAUGAUAUCUAAGGCUCUAAUUUACCCAAAGCUUCCAAUGAAAUUCGUGAUCUCGGUUUUGUUUUAUGUCCUUCACUAAGUACUAAUCUACCGAUAAAGCAUGUUGUAAAGUUCUGAAAAUAUUGGGUUUCUUGAAGCGUAUUUUCUCCAAAUUUAAAUUAUGCGCUUAUUUUUAAGCCCUUUAUCGUGCCCUCAUUCGACCAAUUAUUGAAUAUUCCUCUGUUUUCUGGGAUCCCCAUACAACGGUCACCUGCAGGAAAUUAGAACGAGUACAGCGUAAAUUUCUUAAGCAUGCAGCCUUCCUGCUCAAAAUUUAUUACCCUCCACAUAUCUAUGACCCCGAUCUCCAAAAACUUAAUUUAGUAAGUUAAGUUGACCGCAGACUUUCUGCCAAUAUUAACUUCCUGUAAAAACUUCUCUCAAACGAAAUUGAUUGCCCGUUCUUAUAUUCUAAUCUUAAUUUUUAUAUUCCUUCUCAUAUUACCCGUUCAUCUAAAUAUUUUUCACUUCUUUCCCCUUUUACUAAUUACGAACUCAAUAAACCAAUUAUCCGCCUUAUGUCUACUGCCAAUUCUAACCUUUCCUUAUUUUGUUCUUAAUAUUUUUUGUAUCGCAAAUCUGUUAUUAUAAAUAAAUAAAUGAAUGUGUUAAAUUUAUUGUUACAUUAAUAUGCUAUUCCAAAGAACCAUACAAUUUUAUGAUUGGGAAAGUGUAUUUAUUUUUUUUUUUUUUUAUUCUACUUUUAAAUGACCAGAUCAAAGAGAGGGGGUAUUAGAUUGGCACGGCCGAGAUAAAAUAUAAUAUUUAUAAUCAUAUUUCCCAUUGUAAAUUAUUUUGUCGGUAUAAAAUAUGGAUUAUAAAUACAUAUUAUUGCAUAUAUUAUACAGAUUUAUACGGAAAGCCGAGUCACGAAAAAGAGUUUUAAAAUUUGAUUCGUAAAAAUUGUAAAUAAUAUGGCGGGUGAUAGGUACCUAUACAAUAUAAUAAAUCGGACGUCAUCGUAGGUUCGUAUUUCACUUUGGAUAUUCGGACUCGUGGACGUCCGGAAACCGACGAAUAGCCCCACGGCGAGUCGAUUAAACCGCAUUUGUAUAUUAUAUUUUAUAAGAAAAAAAAAAAAUCGCGAAAUAUUAAUGGAACGACUACAGUUUUCGGCCGACUGUGCAAUGAUAUUAUUAUAUGAUAAAUACGCGUACGCGUACGGUCCAUUAUGUUCGACGUACGUCGUACAAAUUUAUGGCCGUCUUUUAUACCGUUUUGACUUUUACCAUCACUGUACCGUAUUGGUUAGGUUCAAACCUCCCACACUGCACUGUUUUGACUCCCAAAUAAGCUACACAGUUGGCAGUCGUUUUUUUUUUUUUUUUUUNAUACGAGUUCGACGUACGUCGUACAAAUUUAUGGCCGUCUUUUAUACCGUUUUGACUUUUACCAUCACUGUACCGUAUCGGUUAGGUUCAAGCCUCCCGCACUGCACUGUUUUCACUCUCAAAUAAGCUACACAGCGGACAGUCGUUUUUUUUUUUUUUUAGAGUUAGAGUGUGUCCAAAUGGGCACACUGUACAAACAUUAUUGGGUAUUUAGCAGAGUAAGAUUUUAUAUACUCUAUGCGCAAUGGAAAAUAAAAAGGUAAAUUAUUGAAUUAGUAGAUAUCGAUAGAAAAAAAUUUAUAUCACAAAGAAAAUAUUUUUGGAAAAGGAAUGUAUGGUAGGUGUCUUUACUAGUGAAGAUUUUUUUUAAAGGAGGAGUGAAAACCGUGAAAACAAUAUUAAAAUCCAGCCGUUGUUGAAUGUAUUUUUUUUAUAAAUAUAUAUAUAUAUAUAUAUUUAUUGUGAGGGGGUUAGCCCCCUACCACCGAAAAAAUGUUUGAGCUAUUUGUGCCUAUAUUUAGUGAAUCGCUAUUUGAAGUAAGCCACGUUAUAUCACAUUGUAAUAUCGCAUAGCACUCUUCCGAGUUUUUUCGCUGUUUGGUUUAUGUAUAAAUCCAUCGUGACUCAUAUUAUUCAUUUUCAUGUUCCCCCGUGAUGAAAUCUUGCUAUUUUUUACGAUUGGAGAUAUUUUAAACCUCAAUUAAGUGUACAUUAUUUUAUAAUGUUAUUAUAUAAACCCAACGAAUGCACGCAUGCGAAUUCACUUUUACUCGGUUACAUCACCGACUCCAGAGAAUUGCAGUAAUAAAAAUAUGAUUAUUCACAACAACGAACAUAACUGUAUAUUAUCUAAUUUGCGUGACAAGUAUUAAAUCCGCGAUGGAAUUUUAACAGUGGAGGAAUCUCAGUAUUUUUCUCUACUGGAAAAUAGUAUCCGAAUCGUCGCCCGAAACAUUAAAAAAAAUUAAUAAUAAAAUCGUUUUCACUAUGCUUGAAUAAAAAAAAUACGUGUCUUAAUUCUUAAUUUUAUAAAAUUAAAAAUAACGACUUGGAAUAAAUCUAUAAAGUAUAUUGUUUAUGCAAGACUGUAUUGAGACUUAUUUAAAACCAUUGCAAUAGGUAUCGCCAUUACUCUAAAAUGCUCUAACGUAAUGUAUAUUUUAAUAGAUAAUAAUAACAUUUAGCACAAAAUUAGAACUUUUGAUUUAUGUUUUCAUAUUAAAGCCAUAGAUAACAAUAACACGGAUGAGACAUCAACUAUUUAGUUCAUAAUAAUUUCGCGGUCUUGAACUGAUAAGAAGUGAAGCCGUUUGUUUAUAAUUUAACAUUCCAACCAGUAACCACUAUUAUCGAUAAUGUUACCGUAUACUAAAUACUAGUAUUACAUCAAACUACAUUAUUUUGUCCGCGAUAAAUCUAUUUUGCCAUAAUUCUGUCAUUCGUUGAUUGGUAUUAAUAAUUGUAAUAUUUAACUAUAUUAAUUUAUUAUUACUAUCCCAUUAUUAUUAUUAUUAUUAUUCAAUUGUUAAUUUUAUCAUAUUACAAUUUACCAGUUAUCAAAUCACUACUUAUCAUAUGGUAAAUAAUCGGCCUAACUUCAUUCUUCACUGAUUAUAUUUAUAACGUUAUGUCCCAUUUAUGUUUUUAUUAUCUAAGGACCUAGCUAUAUUACGGACAUUUACCAAUUUUCAUUAAAAUUAAUAAAUAUUUUUUUUUAUACGAAUUCCUCUCAAAACUAUCUAGAGCAUAAUACACCGAUUGCCUCCAACAUGUUUAUUAUAAACAUGACCAAAAUACUGAUCCUAUAAGUAAAAGCGCUUUAAAUCACUGAAAAACUUGUUUUAAUUUUUUUUGUGAAAAACGUGUUUUUAAAUAUUUCAUUUUCUAAAAUGCAUAACACCUCGUACAUUUUUCUUCUUAAAGUACAAUAAAAGGUUGUAUAUAUAAUUUUACCUGAUAAAUGCACUCGAAUAAAAUAACAAAUACGGAUAAAAAAAUGUAUGAUAUAGUUAUCUCACAUUUUACAUUGGAAAGACUUUAGAUACUUGAUUCAUAUGAGCAAGAAUCUCGAUAUCAAAAAUUGUUACUUAUUCAUUGUUUAGGGUCUUAUAAUAUUAGUUAAUGAAUGACAUAAAAUUAUUGGUAAUUGGCCAUUGUCAAAAUAAUUUAAUUAAAAUAAAUUUUAUAUUUGGUCCACAGUCUAAAGUCUAAUAAUAGAAAAUUAACUUCCCGCAAGUCAUUUUACGACUAUUUACGGCGAGUGGCGUUUUGACUGCACAAAUAUUGUCAAUAGUCUUUUUGAUAUUCCUGGCGUAUGACGCAAUAAACUAAAAGGUUACCUAUAAAGACUGCAUUUUCCAUUUAUUUUAUACAUUUUUCAAUUUUUAUGGACUUUGGCGGUUUUCUUACGAGGACAGAAUUCACACCUGGCUUAAAUUAAACCUGGCUUACUUUAGUAAGGAGGUAAUAUGUGACGGCACGUGAAAAUGACUAUAGUAACGUAUUAUUACUGAAAGUAUUUUUAGUACUAAAUACCUAAUGAGAACGAAUAAACUGCUUAUAUUAUAAUGAAAUAAUACAAUUUUGUAAAAUCAAUGAAAUUAUAUGAUAUUUAUAUGUUUAAUUUAUAAAUUAUUUUUAUGGCACUAAUGACUUACGGAGUUUACAAUAUCUAAUAUUUUUAUACUUUUAUUUAUAUGGAAUUGGAGUUGUUUUGUUUGGUUUUGUAUGUGUGAUUUGUAUUUUUUUUGUUUUUCGUGUACACUAUUCAUGAUAAUACUUAUGCAUUUGCUUAAACUUCUUCAAGAAACUAUUAAUAAAAUAAUGAAAAUAAUCGGAUUUGCACUGCUAAAGUUCCUUGAAAAUGACGAAUGAAAUUAUCCUCAUACAAUUUUAGUCCUUUAUUAAUUAAUUAAUUUCAUAACAGAAUAGGUGGAAAAUAGUUGGAAGGCAACUAGUUCGUUUUUGAAAUGCCGAAUAUGGUCACUGUUGGUCACUGGUCACCCAAGAUAAUUUCAAUAAAUUAUACACAUAUAUAACUAUCGCCAAUUUUUUUCCUCAUUCAUCGAUUUCUGUGUGAUAUGAUAUAUGUACAUACAUAGUAUAUUAUUAUAACAAGGGUUACAAAGUGUUUUAAACACUUGUUUAAAACGCUUUUAUUUAGUCUUUAGGUUUGAAACUUUUAUACGUAAAUAUUUAUAACGCUUUUAACGUUAAAAAAUUAAAUUAAAAUAACUACUAUGUUCUGGAUAGUUUAGAUAUUUAUACAGUUCCAAUUAAUCAUGUGAAUAUUUGAACAGUUCCUAUUACUAUGGAUGUCUUUUUUCAAUUUUUUUUGUCAUCCUAAUUGGUUAUGAGAAAACUCUAUUUAUACCUAAUUCACUUUUAUUAUUAUAAUAUAAUAACCAUAUAAAAAAAUAUGUAAAAAAACAAAAAAAAAAAACUGUUUUGUAAUCUUGUUUAUAAUACGUGUAUACACCAUCGACGGUUCUAUGUACGAUACAAUAUUAUAUUACCUACUAUAAAUGUUUGAUUAGAUCUACACGAAACCAUCCACGACGAAACGACAAAUUGCAAAUGGAAAGCUCAUCAUAUAUGUAUCAUAUACGUGUACAAGGACGCCCGACUGUCAAAACCUAAGGGGGUGACAAUCAUAAAAUAAAAAAAACUUAACAACUAAGAAUCAACAAAAUUGCUUUUAUUAAAUGACGAAUAAAAAUAAAUUUUAUUUGUGAACAAAAAUAAUAUUUUAAAACGAAAACCGUAAAUUUCGUUUUAGCAAAAUACAUUUGUUAACAAACUUGGUGUUGUGAUGAGUUUUUUGUCUAUGAACACUGAGCAAACACAAUUCAUUUAACCUAUGUUAUCCUGUAGUACUUCUUGUCAUUACCAUUAAAAAAAAUUAAUUAAUUAUUAUUAUAACUAAAAAAAAUGACAAUAUAACUUUCUAGGAGGUGACAUGUCACCUCCUAGCACCCCUUUUCCGAUUCCUUCUCAUUGAUAUUAAAUUUGGUGAGGGUGGACUAGAGGUUCUCCAUGGACCAUUUUCAAAGUCUGACAGUGAUCGAACGAAUUCCAGGCUAGUUCUUUUGGGAGGGAUUUCGUGGUCACAAACUAUGACUUAGGACUUGUUUGGGGUGCCAAGCCAAAUUGUUCAGCACUAAAUCCACUAUCCUAUCAAACAUCAGAAUGGAGAGUACUUUUAAUAUUGAGUGACCCUAACAGACCUAUAUUAUAUACUAGUGAAGAUCUCAUUCGCGUGUCUUGGAAAAAACAACCGAGUUAUGGCGUUAGGAUUUAAACGAAACAAAUGGUCUCGCGGCGAAAAUGAAUAUAACAGCAAGUUCGUAGUCGGUACAACGGUGAGUUUUUCUCGGCGAGUCGGUCGGCGGCGCGGUGGCCUGGACCCAGGCCCCGGAUAAUAGCCUGCUAUUAUUUGGGCUGGUACAGAAUUAUAAUUUAUAAUUAUUUUUCAUUGCUUAGCAACCACUUAACUGAUUCACAUAAAAUAAAUAAAUAUAAAAAUAAAAAAUGUAUAUAUAAAAAUAGCAUAAUUAAAUGAAUCAAUAGUGAUAAUACGACCGGUUUCGAAUUGAAAAUUCAUUAUCGGGUAUAUCACAGUGAAAAUGUAAAACGCCACUAAAUAAUUUAUUUACUCACGAGUAUUAACCAUUGUAAUAAUUUUGUUUUUACUUUAUUAUUUUAUGAUUAAUACAAGUUUGAAAAUAGAAUGAAAGAAUAUGUAUUUUUAAAAGCUUAAGGGCAACAUCGGUUAACUGCAAAGAUAGUGACGGGGAAUGAAACAGGGAAUACUGGGAAAAAACGGUUUUAUUAUACAUGUGUUUGGCACGGUCAACACCGGGUGGGACAGCUAGUAUGUAUAAACAAAUUAUUGCUAGUAUUACAGGAUUAUUAUUUUUAGGCGCCCGAUGGCCUGCGGUUUCCUUGGCGCCGGUUUUCAUAUAAAAAAAAAAAAAAAAUAAAGACCAGUGAGUGGAGGGUGAAGAUGAACCGUAUAUUCACAUUAUACAGAAAACGACGCCCACGCGACCGGAUAUUAAUCUUUCGCGGCCACGUCUUCGUCGUCAUCAUAAUAUUAUUGUAUUGGCGACGAUCCGUAUACAACGCCCACCAGCAACACGCACGUCGUAAGCUCUACGUAUCCCUUAUCGUUUUACCCGUCCAAAAGCCGCACCGGCCGUUAAUAUUAUAUCAUUUGACUUUGAGCUUUGGUGUUACCAACUGAGAAAACCCUCGCGAUCUGUUAUUAUCGAACCGAAAAACGGAUAGUCGCUAAUGGGUAUAUACUAAUAAUAAUAUACUGAAUGGCAUUUCCAAAUCCAUAUACGUAUAUAUAUAUAUAUAGAGCACCGUGUCGACCGCGAAAACGCAAACAACCGCCACCGUGACGUGAGAAAACCGUCAUUUGCCUGCGGUCGACAGCGUUUCUUUUUUUUUUCUCCUCUUGAGUACUUUUCUCAACUUUUACUAUAUAUCGUAAAUACGCGACGGCGCGUGCUUUACCCUGUUCCUCGUCUUAUUUUGUACGACGUAAUAAUAACAAUAUCAUAUCUCGGAAAAAGGAAUGCGCAGAAAACCGAAAAACUUUAAUUCAACCCUCUCCGAAGAGUUGUCGUUAUCACGAAUUCCGUAUCCGUCACGAUAAAAACUCGUUUGUUUUAACACGAAUUAUAAGGUAUUCAAAGUACACGGCUAUCAUUUUUAUUGUUGUAUAUAUUUAUAUGUAAAACAGAGUGCCGAAAUAUGAUUAAAAAUAUGAAAACACAACGAAUUAGAAACCGUAAGUAUGACGAAGCCAGUAAUUUAUUUAGAACCUUAAGGAACGAGUUGGGCGGGGCAUACGUGGAGAUCAGAAGAACUAAUUGGACAAAUAAGGGUAAUUAUCUCAAUCUAUAGAUCAUUAAGAUGCUUUGGAGAAUGGUCAAGGCAAAGGUAGACGGAUAGAGUCUAAGAAGAAAAUGAUGAAGCUGAAAAUUAUAGAGAAGUGUGGAAUCAAUGGAUUGUUGCGUCAAUAAGCCUUAAGGGGCCUGGCUCCGUUAUUUUAACAAAUAUAUACUAAUUUAUAUUUAUAUUAUAAAUGCGAAAGUGUGUUUAUUUGUUUGUACUUUUUUCAUGUCACAUUGUAGAGAUCAAUCAACGUGAUUUUUUAAUAAAGGAACAUUUGGAGAACUAGGAAUUGGUAUAGGCUACUUUUCGUCUCGGAAAAACAAUUCAUUUCCGUGGAAAACCUUCACCGCUAAUAUUUAAAAACGUAAAACUUCUAAGGAUUUUGACUUAACUACAGUUGUCCACCUUCAGAUAUAACUCAAAGAAGAAUACAAAUCUCUAUCCUAAUUUCACAUCUAAAAUCACUUUUGAUUGAAUAAAUUACCCUUCUGAAAACCUAACCAAAUAUUUCUGUGGCCCGGUCUACAAAACAACGAAUCUAUACGACACAUUUGCAUAAACAGUGUUGGAACUAAUUUCUCUCUAAAACAGUUUUAUAAAGGAUUUUUCAUAAUAUGCUUUACGAAAACAAUUUUUUCUGAUAUAUCACACGUUAAAAAGACAGAGGCGGUAAAUACCAAUUUGACGGUUUGUAACUGAAUUAAGAACGUUGUUGUUAUUAAAUUAUCGAUUCGUCAAUGUCACGAUAUUAUGCCAUAAGAUAAAUUUCCAAUUCGCGGUAAUUUAAUAAGUAAAUGCGAAAACAGAAGUCGUAUUUUAAUAUGCGUUCAUAUAACGACAGCGUUUCAUUUUUUUUUUUUUUUAGGGCCACUGAUGAUACUAUAUUGUUCGACGAUAAUUUAUUAGUACCGAUUUGAAUAUAGAUUUGGAUUCGUAUCGGUUUUUGUUAUUUUUAUUAUUGUUAUUUCACAAUGUUUAUGUACCUUUAACAUUCAUAUUGAAUACAACAAAUAAUGUAUUUUGUAGGUCGCCAAUUAAAAGUUAUUGAAAAAAAAAAAUAAUAAUAAUAAUAAUAAUAAUAAUAUUUUGUACGAUACUAUGUAAUUAAAUCUGUACUUCAAACUGUUUGAAAUUAUUAUACAUACAUUAAGUCCUUAACCGAUAAACUAAUGUAGUAAAAUUAUGAUUAUUAAAUAUAUUUUGUUUAAUACAAUGAUGCACUCCAAGAUAUUAUAAUAAUAUAAUAUAAUAUUGUGUGAGUCCUUCGAGAGUCAAAAAAAUAAUUGAAUUAUUAUAAUGCAUAACCGCAACAAAUAGUACGACAUUUUAAGUGCUACGCGUACUUAUGCCAUUGAAACUGAAAUUAUUCGAAUCACAAUCGUUUGAUAAUGCCAUGAAACACAAAAAAUAUAUUUUCAUUAAAAGUAGAUCAGGGGAGAAUUUAUAGGUAAGCAGAGAAAGCUUCUGCCCUCUCCCCUCCCUUAAAAACAAACUAGUUUAAAUACAAAUAGAGACGAUUCUAAUUCCUUAGAAUGGUAUUUAUGAAAAAAAAAAUUGCAGUAGAUACUUUAAAUCGUGAGCUAAGAUAUACAAACCUGAACACAAAGUUGGAAGGCGUGUGAGGUUUUUCCAUGAAAUUAUCAUUGGCUGGACGGGGCGUACAGAAUAUUUCCCUUUAAAUAUAUUUUGACGUUGUCCUAGCGGAAACUUUUGACAGUACUUACAAUACUUAUAGUGUUUACAUUUUGGAAGAUAAUAACUAGUUUUAAAAUCAUCCGUUGAUACGGCGGUAGUACCGAACGAAGAAAAAAUACUUUCGUUCCUCGCUCGAUACAUAACGUUUCGUAAUCAAAAAUCCAAAUCUCGUAUGCAGUCAUGUUCAUCUAAGUUGGCCAGUGCUUUAAAGUGUAAAAACUCAUUGUGCGACAGGUAUUUUGCAAACAAGUCUAUAAAGGGACAUUAAGAUUAUUUUAGAAUCUUACAACACUAUUAUGCACUCUUCUAUUAUUCUAUUAUUCUUUAGAAGUCGUACUGACAUGGAAUUUAAAUAUAUGCUACACGACUCUCAUUUUACAAUCGAAGGUAAUGCGGUAAAAGAUUUUGGAAUUGUCUAUGACAGUGAUCUAAAUUUUCGUUCCCAUAUAGAUGUAUCAUGCUGUACAGCUUUAAAAGUUCUUGGAUUUCUUAAGUUGGUUUACAACAAAUUUAAGUUGAUAACUCUGCUAAAAGCAUUAUAUUGUGCGCUUGUAAGAUCUAUUUUAGAAUUUGUUUUUAUUAUAUGGGAUCCUGCUAAGGAUAUCAACUAACUUGAAAGAGUCCAACGUAAGAUUUUGGGUUUCGCUGCAUAUUUAUAAAGAUUAGAACAUAGACCUCAUGAGUAUGAAGUAGUGUCUAAUAGAUUAGAUUUACAGUCCUUAGCUGAUAGGUGAACUACUCUUAACAAGAUCUUCCUACAUAAACUUAUUAAUGUGUGUUAAUAUAUUACAUAUUAAAAUAUUCCAACGGUGCAUAAAUAUAACAGAUAUGUUUCAUUUUAGAAUGGUUAUUAUGAUUCAUAAAUAAUUUAGAAAUGGUAUUCGGAGGUUAUUUUUCGUUACAUAAGCCUAUGAUCAUUUUUUUUAUUUUUUUUAUUAUUAUUAUUAUUAUUAUUAUUAUUAUUAUUAGUAGUAGUAGUAGUAGUAGUAGUAGUAGUAGUAGUAGUAGUAGUAUUAUAAUUGCAUACCUAUAUAGAAUAUAUACUAGGUACAUAUUUAUACAUACAAAUAGACUAUAGUGCAUAAAAUAAUUAAAAAAAACUAAAGUAUACCGAAUAAAAUGUUAAAAACGAUAUAAUAAUUGCAACUCUCUAAAAUGAAAUCGGCAACAAAACUCUUAUGAAAGAUAACGAUAUAACUAUUUUGUUAUUACGAUAGUCAUUGUGAUUAUUAUUGAAAACUUCGAAAACGAAAACUUUUCCGAUUAUUGCAAUGUAUAUAAUAUGAAAACUCCGCAUAAAAGAUGUUUUGUCCGAUGAAAUAAUUACGAUGUUAAUAUAUAUAUAUAUUUAUAUAGGUAUUUUACUGCUACUUAUGAUUUAUUCAAUUUCCGCAAUAAGAAUAUUGACACUGGAUAGACAUGAAACGCUAAUAAUGAAUUUGUACAAAGUGUUGUAGAAAAUAAUUCGUUCAGAUAUUAUAACAAAAUUAUAUUAUUUAAAAAAUUGUAAAAAAUGGUAUCACGUCAAUUUUUCACGUGAAAAUUUUGUUAAAAAACAAAAACAAAUAUUAGAUUAUAAAUUGCAUUAUGUUACUGUGUCGUUCAUUACAUUUCAACAUUAAGUAGUACCUAUUCAACUGCAAUUAUCCAAUAAAUAUAUAAAUAAAUAUACAUCAUCAAGUAGGUAUUACACGUUAAAUUUUUGUAUAUUUUAGAGUCAUUAUUUUGAAACCACAUGAAACGGUAGUUUAUAUAUAAAUACAUAUCCAGUAAACUUUUAUGAUUAUUUUGCAAUUGUGUACAAGCAUUGUCAAUCCUUAAGUUUUAUACCAUGUCCAUAAAUGAAAUGUCUACUUUAUUUUGAUAAUCAAUGCAACUCAAUAUGUUCACGUUAAAAAUUUACUGCAAAAAUAGAUGUGGAAAUGUUUAAAAUAUAUUUGAUAUCUUUAUAUUUUUUUCUCGGAUAUUAUAAAUCCAAAUAUUGAAAAUUUUCAAAAACUAUUUUUUUUUUUCAGUAUUAACGAUUUUGUAUAAUAAAUAAAAUAUAUAAUGUACAAUAAACUAGGUAUUCUACAAAAUUCACUAUACAUAACUUUUAAAAUAAUAUAGUUGCUCAUACACAUUUUUAUAAAAAUCGUAUUAUUAUUAUUGGUUUUAUUGAUUAUGUAGUUGAUAAUAUUCUAAUUUUUUGAAAACCACUGAUUUUACAGUUAUCAUAACAUCCUGCAUUUCAUCACUCAAAAUCGGAGGUUUUUUUUCAAUAUGUCUAGUAGUUAAUAUCCUACUAUUACUUUACUUGUAUUUAUACCACCAUAUUAUUAUGUCAAGUAAAAUGUAUCCACAUACAGAUAAAAAAAUAAAAAAAUAUUCAAAUUAAGUAUCUCAUGUAAAAUAACAGAUGAGUGGAAUUUAUCUGGAUAAAAAAAAAUCUUUUUUUAAAUUUAUUUGUUUUUGAGAUAAUUAUAACUGGGAAAUAAAUAAGUAGAAUACCUUAAGAAUAAAAAAAAAAGGAGUGAACAAUUAAAGUAAUUCUGCAAAUGCAAGGUGUAAAUCACUACCUAGCUAUAGUAACUUCGAAAUUGUCAACUAAAAUUAAAACUUACACAUCGACCAUUUAAGACAUUUUACUAUCCUGAGAUAAUGUUUUUAUUUUGUUACGGUUUAUUUUCAUCGAGGCAAUUAAAUAAUACAGAGGUAAUAUUUGUUUUAAUUUAAGUAACCAUCAUAUAUCUAAUAAGAAUAAGCAUCUUGAUAAAAGAUAACAAAUUAAUAUUUAGAUAAGUUAAAAUUGUUUAUACGUUGCCGAAAAAAAUGUAUAAGAGCUUAUUAAUAAUAAUUUAUAAAAGCGUCAUUAAUUGUACCGUUUCGAGUGACAGUAAAAAAAAAAAAAAAUAAAAAUGAAUCGCUUACCAAGUCGCGGUUACCUCUGCACACCACAGGAGCAUUUCGGUGUAAUCAUUUACUUAAGUGGUGCGUAAUAUAACAGUUAUUGCGGUACAGUGUACACUUUAUAAGAGAUCAGUUCUUUUAUAAAUACAUCUAAUAGAAAGUGAACAAAAAAUAAAUCUUUCCCGCCGGAAAAACGAUAUCUAUAGUGACAUUUUUAGACGAUUGAUGUAUCCGGGAAAUUGUUGUGCGAGUUUUUCGUGCUACAAAUCGUUAUUGGCUAAAACUAAAACUCGAAAAAAUAAAUAAAAGAGGAAGUCACUGGACGGUUUUAUAAUAUAUACUGCAAAAACUCUAUGUAAGGCAUUCGUUUCCCUUCGCUUAUUUCGGCAUGUCAUCAUAUAUGUAUAGUGUGUUCUAUAUAAUUUUUUUGUUAAAUAAUAAAUCAUCACUUUUGUAGAAAAAUGACUGACCAAAGCUUGGCUAUUCAUAUAGUAUGGUUAGUGAUUAAACUGAAAAUAAUUUCCCACGGAUAAUGGACUAUUUUUUCACCGAAAAUUGAGAGACGUUCUCGAGAACUCACUAAACACGUCCAACUUUCAAGAAAACCACGAAGUCAAGAAUUUCAAAAUUGCUUUAUUUCACAUAAAUUUAUUCAUUACGUUAAUAUAGAGUUUUUAAAAAAAUAUUUUGUUUAGCCGUUCCCUUCUCACUUUAACCCUUCCAGGAAGGUCCUGGGACGUUUAGAAAUACGGCGUUCAGAACCUAAGAGACACAAACGAUAGAUCCUAAUUUAAUCUGGCCUAGAAAACCUAACGACUAACCAAUAAACCAUAAAGCUUAACUACCGAGUUAUUGAAAACAAAGAUCGUUUUAUGGACAAAUAAUUUAUCGUGUUAAUUUUAAAAUAUUGUAUUGUGACACCUGAAAAUUGAGGUCUAUUUUUAUAACCAAAGAUUUUAAGUUCCAAACUGACGUACUACCUCUCUCUACUAUAACCCUCUCAUAAAGUUUUUAAUUCUACUAUAAAUCAAUUUAGAUGAAAAAGAAAAACAUUAAAUAUUACAUAUUUCGUUUCACUACGAUUUAAGCAAUCGAGGUUAACGUAUGGAAACAGCAUCAGGUCAUAUAAUAUGAGCCCUAACCUCAUUUACUUGCUGGGCAGACAGUAAAUUUACCUCGUCAAGAGCCAAUCAACCAUUUGUGAAUUAUUAAAUUCAAAAAUUAUACAUUAUUUUACAAAACAAGUAAAAAAUGAUAUAACUAUCUACCAGGUGAUUAAUUUAAGUGGGUACACUCAUUAUCUCGGAAAGUAUUAAAUUUUUUCCGGAAUUGGUUUUCUAGAACAUUUAAUAAACGAACUGCUUUACAAUUUUAUAUCUAUGUUAUUAUUGGUCAACCCUUAUUUUUGGGGGUAAACUACUACUUUUAAUUUUUAAAUGGCAGAUUAUAUUAAAAACUCCAUAAAUAGAUGGAGUAUUAGUUAAAAUAAAAUUGAGUGUUGAAUUUUUGAUCUCUGUCAAGCCGUUUACGAGAUAUUCCACUUUUACAUUUAGGUCGGAGAAGUGGUGCAUAAUUAACACGCCGCGCGACGUACCACCAUACAAAUGAUACUCCACUACUCUCCUUCAACCUAAACUUAAAAGUAGAAUAUUUCCUAAACGGCUUGAUAAAAAUCAAACAUUUCAACACUAAAAUUUAUUUUCACUAAUACUCCAUCUAUUAAUGAAAUUUUUAAUAUAGGUUGCCAUUUGAAAAUCAAAAGUAGAUAGUGAUUUUACACCCAAAAAUAAGAGUGACAAAAAUGACAUAGAUAUACAAUUAUAGUGCAGCUCGUUAAAGAAAUGUUCUAGAAAACAAAUACCGGAAAAAGUUAAUACUUUCCGAUAUAAUGAAUGUACCCACUUAAAUGAAUCGCCCAGUAUAUGUGUGUAUUUGAUACACAGAAUUUAUCCAAUAAAUAUUAAACUUUAAAAACCGUUUAUAUUUUUGAAAUAUUUGUUAACGUUUCAAAUUAUUUCGAGACAUAUUAUACUACCUAUCCUAAACUAGAAUUUAAUGGACAAAGUUGAGACGGCAUAAAGUAACAAUCGAAAUAAAUCCUCUGAAAAGAGUACAAAACAAAACAAAAACAGACAGAGGGACAGAAAAAACUAUAACAAAAAAACCGUCCGUUCCUUUUUCGAUAUUAUAAUACCUCCAGAUAACAUAACGGAACCUAUUACUGAAAACUUUUAUUUUUAUCCGUUUUUUUAAUUUUUUUCGUUAUCGUUUCAGCGCACUAAUGAUGGUUUGCGUGACAGUAUUGUGUACCGUAACUUCGGUGAUCGUGUGGUUUUCGAUUGCCGGACAACAACUUUCCGUUACCGGAUUUCAAUUUCGCAACGGGCUUGACUGCAACAGAAAACUGUACAAGUUUCAGGUGACUAACACCGAUUCCACUGGACGCAGUUGCUCUGAUGAGAUCGAAGUUAUGUCGUGCUGGGGAAGAUGUGACUCGAACGAGGUAUGUUAUACCUACCGGAUUUUUUUAAAUAUAAUAUGUAUUGUAGGAAAUCUUUAACUAUAUGUUUUACUGUAAAUUAUUUGUUAACUGAAUGCUCUUUUCAAAAACUAGUUUACUGAAAUCUGUAAACAAUUAAAAACUAUGUUUACUAUUUUUGGUCGGUUAUCUAUUAGUAUAAAAUACUGUACAGCAAAACGGUUUGGAGAUACUGCAACUAAGUAACAAGAUAUGCAGCGAACUGCCUACAAUAACUUCAUCGUUCAAACAAGUCUUAUUACUAAAAACGAUAAUAAAAUGUAUCUAAUAGUGUUUUCUAUUUAACUGCAUUCGUGUACACUUUUUAUCAACUACAUCAUCUGUUAUCAAAAAUGCGGUAUAACGCAAAAUUCAACAUCACGGCAUAGUGUAAUCUUAUAUACAUAAUUUUAUAAAAAACGAAAUUGUCGACAGUGUGACAGUUUUUUGUUAGUGUAGAUUAUAUUUGAUAAGCAUUUCGGAUGUGAUCAGUAUCUAUUUACUUUAAUUUUAAACUAAUAUCAAGUUCACGAUACAUUACGAGUAUUCGAUAAUUAUGUUCCACUUCACAUUAUAGCUGGAACACUCGUGGAGAUUAUCAAUAACUACUUAAACUGUACACGAAAGUAUUCAAAUGGAAAACGCUAUAAUAAAAAUAUAGUUGGUCAAAAGUGUUUUUUUUUUAUUUUAUUUUACCACAAUAUUGUUGUUUAGAAAAUUAACCGAUCGUAGGAGAUGAGUCGAGAAACCAAAAAUAAAAGUUAUUUUUCACUGUCCUCACUUUUAAAGCUGUUGGCUGUAAUUCAGUACAAAUCUAACUAUUAGGUAUGCACUUAAAAUUCAUUGUUCAAAAACGUCUAAAUAAAUAAACAUUUUCCUUUGCAUUGAAGUUCCCCAGUGUUGCCGGACUUAGUAGAAAUUUACAAUAAAUUAUCAUACAAAUUGAUUACAUUUAUAUUUUUUGACGAAACAACAAUUUUGAGUGGGUUUUACCCGAAAACUUAGCGUGAAGCUAUAACAGUUUUAUCAAUUGUACUUUGCAAAAUUAAUUUCCAUGGGAUUUUAAUUUGUAAGUCAAUUAAAAUAUUAUGUACAAACAUCGAACUAUAUAAUAUCAAAUUAAAAAAAAAAAAACAUUUAAAUUGUUGUUAUAAUUUAUGAACUCCUAAAAGAAAAAAAUAAUACACAAAAUGUGAUAUUGAGAAAGAAACAUUACACUCGUUAAAUUUGACACAUUUUAAAUACGAACAAUAUCAUUCGAGAAUACGAUUAGUCGUUAUAAGUUCAUAAAUCAUUAAGUAUUCCUACUUUUUUUUUUUAUAAUUUCACGUAAAGAAACUGGAUUUUGGUGACAACCAAAAUGUAUCAAAAAAAAAAACAAAAUAAUAAUAAUAAAAAUGUACAAUAAUUUAUCAAUUCCAUGUUUAUAUAAUGGUCUUGCGAUUAUCUGCAGUCUGACAGCGGAAACGUGUUGCGCGGUAUUAUAGGUACUUAUAUGCUUAAUAUUAUAUUACGUUGAAUAGCGAACAAGUCGAAUAAGCGAUAAAAUGGAUCGAAAGACUCGUCAAUUUUAAAGGGGGGGGGGGGGGAAUCUUUGCACUUAAUAAACAAAAUAUUACGAUGACGCGAAACAAGUUUUAUAUGAGAACGCGUACAAGUUAUUAUAUUCCGACGAAAAAACGUCCAAUAGCUACGGUUGAUUGAUUAAACUUAUCGCGACUUAUACUUAAAAGUUGAACUCGUGUAUGCUUAUUGUACGUAAAACAUCUGCAAGUAUCGUUAAUAUAAUAAUAUUAUUACGCAGUAAAUUCCGUAUUUCUGCGAUAGUUUUCGUGGUGAACAUUUUACGGAAAUUACGUGAAAUGAUAGAAACAUCAUGAUGGGCAGAAGAUCAGGUGAUCGGAAACAUUAAUACCUAUAAUUAAACACUUCGUUUAAUAUGAAAGAAAAUAUUUAAUAUGAAUUUUUACCUACUUAAUACAAAAAAGUUUUAUACAUUUAAAAAAAUAUAUAGAGAGAGCGCAGUGCCGUAACCUGCACGGACCCGGGAGAGCUUAACGAGAAUAAUAUUAUUAUCGUAUAAAAGUAUGGAAAAUAUUAGUUUUGUAAUAACAGAUGAUAUUAUAGUGUGCUAUUAUAAUAACAAAAUCAAACAAAAAAUAAAAUGUUUAAGUACACGCAUUAUAAUUUAAUUUUUAAUCCCUAAGAACCUAAGCACCAUUUUAUGAAGUCCAUUUUAAUGGAUAUAAGCACUCAAUAUUGGUAUUAACUUGUAUUACAGUUCAUAUGAACAUUUUCUGGAAUACUAAAUGUGUUUUUGCGGUUAUGCUCUAUUCAAAAAAAAUCUUGAACCGCUUUCGUACGUGAUUACUUAGUCCUUUCUAACCAAGGAAAACUUCUUUUUGAUAUGUUUAUAUUAUCACAUUUAACUGUUUGUGUCAAACAUUUGAGUGUUUUUAGUUAAAAAAAAGUUAAAAAAAUUGAAUACACAAACUAAAAAAUAGGCUCCAUUUCCGGGCUACCCCCUAAGAUUUAAAUUUGAACAUUGCUCGGCAUUGCCACGGCAAUCGUUUGUGCACAAUUCCGGUCGUUAGCAAGACGCCAAUGAUUUUUUAUUUUUUACGAUGUUCGUCAAAAUUCGAACUUUUUGUGUUCUUUAAAAUAUAAAUCAUUUACAAAGUUACUGUACUUUAAAAAAAAAAAAGCUACAAUAUGUUGCCUGUAAGAUAAAUGGAGAUGAAAUAUGUUAAAAAAUAAAAAACUAAACAAUUAAGGUGUUAACUACACGCAUACGCUAUUCUUUCGAAUCUCUCCGUCUAUUGAGUAGUAAAUUCAAUUUAAUAUUUUUAAAACUGUACAAUAAUAAUAAAUUAUCAUAUAUUCCAGUAAGUGUUACCAAAAAAUCGUCAUGUGCUCUUAAAAGUUGUCAUCUGUUGAACAAUAUAAAUGGGUGGCGUUUUAAUAAUCGUACACUAUAAUAUUGUGAAUUUUGAUAAAAUUGCGCACAUUUGUAGAUUAAAAAAAAUUAUUUAAGUUUUAAAUAUAUUUAUUUUUGUUUCAUUACAGUAAAUUAUAUUAAAUUUAAGGUUAUAAUGUUUACCGCUAUGAAUUAACUAACGAAUUAAACAAAUUAAUUGCGAUGAUGAACUCAGUUUGUUUUUAUUUUAUUUUUAAAUUUGUUUUGAUAUUUAUACAUUUUUCCUUAUUGUUUACAGUGCAGUAUUUUUAACAAUUUUUCGCUUAAAAUAUUUUACAUGGGCACUACACAAAACAAUUAUUAUCCAUUAUCACGAACCAACGCUAGUAUUCUCGGAGGAUUUCAUGAGAAUUUGAUGUCAGUUUAUUCAUUUAUUUUUUUUGAUAUGCAAAUUCAUCUAAAAUCAUCGCCAGUUCGUCAGUCAUAAAACAAACAAAAAACACAACUAGAACGUUAGUUUUAUUUUGCAUGCAAUUCAAUGUUUUUAUAAUAUUUAAAUGUAUUAUAAUUAUAUAGUGUAGCAUUUUACGUACUCCAGUGUACCUAUGUUUCAGGUUUUUUAUUAUGUCAAAUUUUAGUUCCCUGUGACAUAAAAAUUAUAAUAAACUCAAUACGGUGUUUCCUGUCUGUAAUUCUUAAUAUACAAUGUGAUUUUUUUAUUAUGAACUAGUAAUUUUCUCGGGCGAUUUUAUAUGAAUUUGAUUUUCAGUUAUAUUUUUUUUUAAUCAUUGUAUUGUCGGUUAAGUGUUAUUUUAAAACCAUUUGUUUCCCGUACUCCAUAUACUUUAAAUAAAUUUGUACUUUUUUUUUCAAAAAUAGGAACCCCCCCUUUUUGAUUAAGAUUUGAACAAAAAAUAUUUAUAUAGAAAUGUUGGUAUGCACUAAACUAAUACCAUAUUGUCAUUUACCACAAUGAUUAAAAAAAAAAAAAAAAAAACAGCAAUCAAAUUCGCUUAAAAUCCUACGAAGAAAUUGCUGGACCGUGAUAAAAAAAAUCGCUCUGUACAUCUAUAGUACACCUAGUAUUAUUACAAGUCUAAAAUUUCAAAUAAAACCACGGUACACUGAAAUCUCCUAAACUGCAUUGUGCCGCGUUACCUGAUCUUCUCGUAUUAAAUUUGCCAUAAUAAUUUCCACGCAUAAUGAUCAUAACAAUAACAAUAAUUAUUAUUAUAAUCAAUAUUUGAAUGGUAAUAAAAAACUAAUUACUAUGGAUAUAACAUGCGAAAUACGUGUUUAAAACGUAUAAACAAUUUUAUUUGGUAUUCAAUUUAAAUACAGUUUAAUGAUCCAUAUUUCUGUCUCUGACAAUUAUUAUAAUAUUUUUUAUAAAAAUAAUAUUUAAAAUUUAAAUUCAUGUAUGUACUCGCAAUUUUCAAUUGUGUUUUUAUUUUUUUCUAUUAAGUAAAGAAUAAUACGUAUGCUGUUCAUGUACAUAGGGAUCAUUACGGCGUAGCGACGGAUAGCAACUGAUACCCUGCUAUUUAUAUUGGGAUUAUUACAAUGCUAUCGCAUACAAAUUAUAAUGUUAUUGAACAAAACGUCCGUAUUAAUUAAAUAAAUAAAUCAAAUAAACACGCGAUCCGGUGAGCACAAAUUUUCGCAGCAUACUCGUCCCCGUAAUGAGCCCUGUAAUUUGUUUUCCUUUUGACGGGUUUUCCACGGGUCGACACGUCGUCGUCGUUGUCGUAACGAUGUUUAAUAAUACGAUAUUGUUAUUUAUGCGAUGGCGCGUCUUACAAACACGGUUAGGACGGUGUGUACUCACCUACUCGCCGAAUUUGAAAAAUAAUAUUAUUGUUAUUAAGUAUAGGUGUUAUGGCGGAAAACAACCCCCCUCCCCAUCUACCCUCCCGCUACCCACCCCUCCCGGGCCGUAGCUAUUGCCGCCACAGGUGUGUGCAAUUCGUUGUAAUCGCGUAAACGUUUAGGUAUACCGGAAAAAACGAUGGACGGCGUACGGGCUAACCACGGUCGCGGUUAUAUCGCUAGCCGACAGACCGAUAGUUAGGCGCGUGAUAGAUGAAAUAUAUUUCUACGUUUGUAUUAAGCCACGAAAUUAAAUAUGAACAUCUCCGAACAACCUCAUCGCCGUGAUAACUGAACGGUUUUAUCCGACUUGACGCGUUUUUAUGUUUUUGUCGCCGCAGGUGUCUGACUGGCGGUUCCCGUACAAACGUUCACACCAUCCAGUGUGCAUACACGGCGGCCGGCAACUGUCCAAGUACGUGUUGAAAGACUGCGAUGAGGGAGUCGAACCGGGAACGGAGGAGUACGUGUUUCCGGAGGCUACCUCGUGCAAGUGUCACGCGUGCAAAUCAUCGGAGGCAUCGUGCGAGGGGUACGGGUACACAAAUUUCCAGUUCGUGCCCUCCAACGAGAUUGAUGAAAACUAAAAUAAUCGAUAAAUAUUUAUACCACAGAACCUAUAUUAUAUUAUAAUAUUAUUACGUGAUUAUUAUACGCUUCUUCUUCUUUUUAUUUUUGUUUAUUAAAUCGUUAUUAUACUCUACUAAAAUAUUAUAGAUAUUACCUACAUAUACGAAAAAAAAAAAAAAAAACAAAUGUUUCCAGGUUAAAAUUGCCAGUGUUAAAUAUCCCGGAACUUAAAUCUCCAACUAAUAAGGCCCAAUACGCAUAAUAUAUUUUCAGAAUUUCAUGUUACAGUCAAAUUUCCCAUUAAAUACUUAUUUAUUCAAAAAAAUAAUAAUAAUAACUUAUGUAAAUAUUUUGUGGAAUAAUUUAUUAAAAAAUGUUGCAUUGUUCUUCUUAUUUGGGGGGGAAGAGUUGGGGUGAAACCUCUACCCGCUUGAUUUUUACAUAUCAAACUAUAUAAAUAUUGCAUAAAUGUAUUAGUUUUAGUUUAAAUUUAUUUUUGGGUUGAAAGGUUUAAUUCUCAUCAACCCGUUGACGAAAUAUUCUUCUUUUAAGUUUCAGUAAGGCGAGAGUAGUGGAUUAUCAUGCUCGUGACCUUUGGCGUUUGAAUAAUGCUUCACUACCUUAUCUUAAUCAAAAAUUAAAUAAUAAAUAACUCGUUAAUGGGUUCAUUAAGAAAUUCAUUAGAAAUCAAUAAUGUCAGUGCCAAAAUGUAUUUAAACAAAAACUUCAUCUAUUAAUGGGUUUCACAACAUAGUUUGCUAUUUUAAAAUCAAAAUUGAUUAUUGGGUUCAUCUCCAAAAAUAAGGUUAAAAAAAUGACGAUAUAUUUAAUUGACAUUUUAAAAUAUAUGAUUCCAAAAGUCUGUACUAAGUCAUUUUUUUUUUGAAAGAAUAAGUAUUUCAUAUAAAAUUGAACUAUCGCAUGGAAUUUUAAAAACCUGUAUGUUUUUGGCCUUAUUUUUUAGAUAUUUAAACUGAGUGCCGAACAAUAAAAAUACAGUCCUAUAAGUGGUUAAUGAAUUCAACAGUCGUAAUAUACUCAGAGGGCAAAUUGUAUUGAUUAACCUGUGAAAUAUAUUAUAUUUGUUUACGCCGUGUAUUUUUAUUAAUGUACGUUGAUAAUUACCAUUAAUUUCGUACAUUAUUUUUCAUAAUAUUCUCGCACAAAAUUCGUGACAUAAACAAAUAUUUCACGUUUCAAUCGAUAAAACCGACCACUUUUAGUACAUACAGCUGUCGAACAUGAUAUUCACUCGUGGAGUCGGUUAUCUAUCUAGUCGUUUCAAAACGUAUCUACGCGUAACGACUACUACACACCAGCAGUCCGCAAACGAAAGUACAUACGGAGCAACGUCGCACACACUUGCGGAUAAUAUGCCGACCUCCACCCUACAACAAACUACACGUGCCGUCCCGCAUCCGUUGUCUUAGUAUAAUCCGACAAUUAAAUCGGUAUCUUAUUAUAAUUUCGUGUUUUAUGCCGUAC